CAGCUGACAGAGCGGACUUGAAUAGAGAUUCAGAGAUGAUUUUCUCAUGGAAGAUUAUGCAUUUGUGUUAUUUUGCAGCUUUAGGGAGUGUUCUGCUGCUGGUACACUCUGGACUCACCUCAGGUAAGAAAAGUGACCCCGAAGAGUUUUGUUCUGUUUUAAACACUUGCAGCAGUUUAAGACAAUUAAAGAUUAGAUAAUCAAGCAUUUUGACUUGUGCAAAAAUCGUAGAUCUUUGCUUACAAUUGUGUUUGUAUUUUAGACUCAUCUGAGGGGAGUGCAGACCUCCUUUUUAAGGAGGCAGACAUUGAUCAGUGUCCAGAAGGAAAAUACUUCUCCCAUCGGCUUUGCUUAGAGUGUCCUUCAGGCCAUUUGUAAGUCAUCAGCCAACUUUAAAUUACUUUCACUACAUCUGCACUAAGAAAUACACAGAAAAGACCUGAAUUUGAAAGAAAUGUUUAAGUUGAAAAGUAUAAACUUAAUUUGAUCACUUAAGAUUAUCCAUUUUUUGUGUUUCAGUUGUCCUGGAAAUGUAUCUGCACCUCAUAGAUGUCCAGCAGGAACAUUCAAUCUCUACACUGGGAAAAACAGCGUCAGUGACUGCAAGGUAGGACACAACUGAGGAUUCAAUUCUGUUUUUGCACAACCUUCUUCUGUAAAUAGAGGAAAUGAAAAGAAAUUCAUCUCAAAGCAUGCUUGCUUGUGCCAAGGAUUAAGAAAAAGCCCUCAAUUACUUAACGCAUCACUCAUGAAAACAACAACAACAGAAAAAAUUAACCUCCCAGGUGUGGUCAAAAAGUAAAGAGAGAGGUGAGGUAGAGCGAAAAACAAAAAUUGGCAUCAUGACAAAUAUGGUAACGCAAAGUAAAAGGAAAUGUAAAGCCACAGUCCUAUUACAACGCCAACUCAUCAAACUACAUAAAUUGUCUGUUCUGUGCUUGAUUGUGUACAACAGGUUUUUUUCAUUAACUGUCUUCACUCAUGUUUUUAUGUUGCAGCCAUGUUUUCCUGGUCUGAUCAGCUCUGAGGAUAGAGUGGACUGUAGGCUGUGUCCUGCAGGUUUCACAUGUGAUCCAGCCAUCGGGACCCUCUCCAUAUGCCCACCAGGAUACCAUUCUCCUGAGGGGGUCUUGCAGUGUCUGACAUGUCCUGUAGACUCUAUCUGCACCUCUGGAUUUCCCUUUAAGGUAAGACAUAUUUAUUCAAAAAUGUGUUUGAUCUGACAGAGAAAAACUUAUUAAGUUUAAUUAAAGUCAUACUUUAUAUUCAUCAUCUUCAGUUUUAAGAAAGAGCUUAAAAUCUUUUUCGACAGGCUUCUAACUGAUGUUAAUGUUGAGGGGCCUCUGUGAAGUACUUGUAUCUAUGCCAUUAUAUGUAUUGUGUUUCUCUGUAUUCUAUUGCAUUUUAUCCUUAUUGUAAAGCACUUUGGAAUUUUAUCUAUGAAAAGUGCCAUAUAAAUAAAAUUUACUUACUUACUUACUUCAUGUGUCACCACAAAUAUGUGUCUUUCAGUGCGGGCCUGGCAAGGAGCCCAGCACAGAUCAAACCGUGUGUAAUGACUGUCCCCCGGGCUCUUAUUCCAAUAUGUGUACUAUCCAGUGUCUGCUGUGUCCAGCAGGUAGUGCAGUGAUGAAAGGCUAAUUACUCAUCUGCUCUCACUACUUUUAUUUACAAAUGAGUGUUUUCGAAUAAAUUGAGAUGAAAUAGUUUCCACAGUAAUCAAAGUUGUCCUGUGUCUGUUAUAGGAAGUUAUUGUCCCAGCAGUGGGACAUCACAGCCACUCUCCUGUCCUUCUGGUUUGUCUUCCACACCCGGGCAGACUCUGUGCCACAGCUGUAAUGAUUCGUCUUCACUGUGUGGGGGAGCUGUGAGCCCCCGCUGGAGUCAGCCUCAGGUCCACAGGUCCGGUCACGCAAUUACCUGCCGACCAGGAACAUACAAAGACACGAGAGAUGAGUCAGCAUGUGUGGUCUGUCCAAUAGGUUGGUGUUUUCACAACAUACGGACAUUGCUGUCUCUGUUUCCCCUGUACGAACUCUUAUAUGCUUUUGUUUCCUUUCCCCAGGUUAUUACUGUGUGGGAGGAGUAGCUGUAGCCUGUCCUGCAGGGACUUACGGCCCCAAAGAAGGUUUACAAAGGCUGACAGACUGUGCAAUCUGUCAUGCAGGUAAAGUAUGGAAUGAAGACACUUUUUAUAUUGUUACUCUCACAGCAUGAACCUGUGAAAAUACUAAACGAAUAACAGUUUUCCUUGUUUAAUUGGUAGAUACAGUAGAUACAGCUGAUUAUUUAUCUAAUAUAAAUACUUAAAAUAUAUCCUGUAGAAACCAUUUUUUCAAGAACUUAUCCAUAAAUACCCCUCUCCAGGGUUUUACUGUCUGGAAGGCAGCUCAAGGAGACCCACCUCACAGUUCCUGUGCCCACAGGGCUAUUAUUGUGAAGAGGGCACUGCCACCCCACAUGGGUCACCUUGCCCUGCUGGUACAGCGGGGGAACAACUGGGUCAGACAAGUAGGGCAGCUUGCAAGCGAUGCAAAGAAGGACGCUUCUGUCCUGCAGGUACGUCUCAGCACUAAAAUACUGGAGAGAGAAAAAAAAGACAAGAAAAAAAAAGAGAUGACAGAUUUAAUGACUGCAGCAUCUAUGAAGAGAGGACCUUAAAUGAGGACUACAUACUUAAUCCUUCCAUCUUGUCUUCAAGAUGUCAUGCAUGCCUAAGUACACACAGCGGGUACAGUGAAACUGAAAAUAGCUCAUUAACUCAGCUGUGGUCUCUGCAGGAUGUAAUGUGCACAAUUUUCUGCUUUGCGUGUUACCUGUGUGUCUGUGUUCAUGCACAUGCACCGCAGGCUCAUCUGGACCUGGCUUACCGUGUGCGCGGGGGAGAUACUGCCCUGCUGGUUCCUUGGAAGAAGUGAUAUGUCCUCGGGGCACCUUUACCCCUCAUCAAGGAGCAAUAAGUGAUUUUACACAUCAGUUAUUAAUUUUUUCACCACCUGCUUAUUGAGUAAUAUGUCAUAUUCACAUUUAUGGAUUUUUUUUUACUGCAUUUCAGGUACAAGGUUUCCCCUAGUCACUUAUUUAGAACUGAAGUUAUUAUCUGAGAGCAGCUCUACAGUCCCUGUCCGCCUCAGUCUAGCUAAUAAGAUGUUCUCGCAGUCUAUCAUACAUGUCUGUUUUAUAUAAAGUGUUCCUUGGUUCCCAUGAUAAACUGAAUUGCGUAUACAGUGUAUGAGAAAUUUCAACAGAUGGAGGCCAGAUGGGCAAAGAGAGAAAGCAUCUAUUUCAGUAAUAAAAAAACAACUGUUAAUGGAAAGCUGUAGUUGUGAACAGAACUGUGAAGAGAAACCUAAGUUUGUGCUACUUAAGGACUGUUUAAUAGGGGCACACUACAAAAAAUCUCAUUGAUAAAUGAAUCUAAAACUCAUCCGAAUCUUAUCCUGAAGUCUUAACAUAUGACAGCAAUAUAUUUUCAUCAGGUGUGAAGGACUGCCUCAAAUGCCCUGCUGGUUUCUACUGUCCCGUCGGCACAAGCGACCCUGUGCCCUGUCCAGCAGGCUCCUUUAACCCCCUGGAGGGUCAGGAUGAAUUAGCUGAUUGCAGGGAGUGUUAUGCAGGGAAGGCCUGCACACAAGUAGCUCUGAGAGCCCCUGAUGUGGAUUGUAUGCAAGGGUGAGUAACCUCUUCAGAUCCUCUUCAGAAAGCAGUCAUCUGUGAUAAUGCUUUCUUGUGUUCUCUACCCUGGAUAUUUGCUUUUAAUGCAUUCACACAAAGUGGUUUAUAUAAUCUCACUGUAAUCACAUUUGUUCUCGGAUAUAUGUCUUUUUGAAACUUGCCAGGUUUGUGUGUCCUCCUGGUUCUUCCAAACCCAAUGCGCCAACCAACGCCUGCCCACCAGGGACACUGAGCAAUCGCACGGACCUCACUGAUCGCUCACAGUGUCAGCGGUGCCCGGCACGAUACGCCUGUCUUCGAGGUGCCAUUUGUCUUUCUCACAUACGCAUUUUCAAUUAGCUUUUGAAACCACUGCUGGGUGUUUCAUUAUCAGCAACGAUUUAAUUUGUUCUUACAAAAAAGACAUAAAUUAAAUAUUAAAAUAACAAAUGUUUUACAUUUGGAGUUGACCUGAUGUAGUUUAAAUUUGUGCAGAAAUGAUGCAUUCUGUUACACACAUUUUGAACUAAUGUGACUGCCAUAAGGUAAUAAAAGUAUUAACCCAUGUUCCUGCCAGUUCUGUAAUUACAGCCACAUUUAAAAAUACAUUAAAUUUUCUUUUAUAAAUAAUGUAUUUUAGAAACAAAAAGCCAAAGUUUUCAUUUUAGAUAUUGUAAAAGCUGAUCAACAUUUGUUGUUCUACUAAACCAGUGGAAUCUAUUAAUUCACAGUUGUCCCUACUUUUUGCCUUAUUAUCUAUUUUUAUCAGGAACUGGAGGUAUCCAAAGACCUCCAAUUUCCUGCUUCGCGGGGCAUUAUUGUCCCCCUGGGACUAUGUUCCCCACCCAGUAUAAGUGUCCUGUGGGGACAUGGAGUGGUCAGAGUGGACUGGAAGCUGAAAGUGAGUGUCGGCCAUGCACACAGGGCUGGUACUGCUUGGCUGGAUCUGCAGCUCCGUCAGGUCGAUGCAACUCUGGACACUAUUGUCCUGAAGGUACACACAGGUUCGGAUGGAAGAUUCGAUACAGGCGGUUUGAAAUUUAAAUAGAUGAAAACAUCAAAUAAUCCACAACUCUGCAGAUCUAAGACUGAAUCUUGUGCAUCUCAUUUGUUGCGUCAUUUCAUGUAUUGCUGUAAUCAUGCAUCAUUAAUGUGUUUUAACUAUUUUGAUGUUGCAUCACCAGGGACUACAUAUGGAACCCGCUUUCCUUGCCCUGUGGGUACCUACAGCCUUCAAAUGGGAAACAGGCGCAGAGAAGAUUGUCUGAUUUGUCCUCAAGGCUCAUUCUGUCAACAGGGAACCUCCAAACCUUCCCCUUGUCCACCGUAAGCAGUAAUUGUGUAUUGAACAGUAGAAGGAAAAUGAGAGCGUGACGAUGAGGAGAUGUAAAAUACAUUGAACAGCUGUUUGGUUCAAUAUAUCCACUCCUGUCUUUCUGCAGCUCCACAUUUCGCCGUCUGAAAGGAGGUCAGAGGCUGGAGGACUGCUCUGUUUGCCCCGCUGGCUAUUUCUGUCCCCACUCAGCCACUGUCAACCCUAGAGUGUGUGGAGCCGGCAGCUUCUCUGUAAGGCCUCAUCGAUAACACAAUCCACUGUGUCUGGUCAACUGACUGGACCAGCUAAAGCAGAGCUGAUGUAUUCGACUUGUCAUUCCAUAAGCUGUUCUGACUGCACUAUUUUUAGAUUAGCAUUUUCCGCCUACAUUGAAACCGUCUUAUAUUACUCACCAUGCACGUACAUCUGCAAAUGUCAGCAAGAGAAAUAGUUUAAGUCAAGUUCUAUUGUAGCUCAUCUUUGGCUCUCCGUGUCCAAGUAUCAGUAUCAAUGUUACAUCAGCAUCUUCCAAGUUCGAUCCUCCUCUCCUUGGAGUUUUUCAAGUCCGUAUUUUACUCCGUCCCUCCCCCAUACUGGUUGGUAUCUUUAACUUCAGCUCUCUGAAUCUUCCUUCACAUUCUCUGGUGUGUAGGAUGAAGGCUCUGUGGAGUGUUCGCCGUGCCUGCAGGGCCACUACUGCAGUAAUGAGACCACCAGUGAGGAAGCCAUGUUGAGCGUCAUGGUGUGCCCCCCAGGUUUUCUCUGCUCUCAGGGUCUGGCCAGAGACCCUCAACGCUCAGCCACCCUCUGUCCUCAAGGCUUCUACUGUCCUGGGGGAGGGAUUGUGAGUCAGAGAUCCAUACAUACAGCCAAAGCACAUUAUUUUUCUCUCUCAAAUAUUUAGAGCAUUAAUAGUUCCUAAACUAUGUUGUCCCCCGUAGGAUCCUAAUCCGAUUCCUUGCCCUAAUGGUACCUACAGUGAAUCUCCUGGUCUACGUGAUGCAAGCGAGUGUGUCAAGUGCCCUAAGGGGAAAUACUGCUACUCCCAACAGCCUCUGGAACUGCCUAUUACCAGACCUGUAAUAUCUCAGAUUGAUUUAAAAUACAGUAUUUAGGAUAAACAAACACAGCAGUCAGUGUUAUGACAUGUUCUUAAAGCUUGCAUGAUUCUUGUUGAAUACAGUCAUUUGGAUAGCAGAUGGACACUACUCCUUUAAAAUAAUACACUCUUUUGUUAGUAAUACACUGUUAUCUUUUAGACAGGAGUGUGUCCCAGUGGGCACUAUUGCCCCCCAGGAACUGGCUACCCCUACACCUACCCCUGUCAGCCUGGUAUGUACAGGAACAACACACUCAGCCACAGCGGAGAAGUGUGUGUUUUGUGCCCAUCAAGGCAUUUCUGCAACAAACCAGGAACUCACCUGCCUGAAGUCUGCCCUCAGGUAGGAACAUUCAGCAUUAUCAGUCUCCUUUUUCUUUUGCAUGUGUCAGACUUUAACUUGCCUUAAAAUGCCACAGUCUUUAAAAUCCCUAUCUUUCUGUCUGGAACUAUUUAAACAGGGUCUCUACUGCCCAGAGGGCACCUCUUCUCCUGAUCCGUGUCCUGAGGGGACCUACAGUUCUCGCUCAGCUCUCAGUGAUGUGUCUGAGUGCUCUCCUUGUGGUGGAGGCCAGUACUGCAGUGGUGUGGGACUCACAGAGCCCUCUGGAAACUGCCAAGAGCGCUUUUACUGCAGAGAGGGAGCCAAGUCUGCAGUAUGAAAACAACAUUUUGAUAUCUUUUAAAAUAGAUGAUAGAAUUGAUAAUUUUUUUUUACAAUUUCCUUUUCUUUACUAAUUCUUUUAAGUGGUUGCUCUAAAUCAUUUAAAUUAUAUAAGACCAGUAUGCUCAAAAUGAUCAUUUUAUCACUGUUCAUUUUUGGCUUGUUCUCUUUACAUGUAUGUGCCAUGGCUUUGUCCAGACUCCUGCUGAUGGACCAACUGGAGGUCUGUGUCCAGCAGGGAGUUACUGUCCUGUGGCGUCAUUUUCUCCCUCACCCUGCCCCCCAGGAACCUUCAGCAACAGCACAGGCCUCAGCCGCCCUGAGCAGUGCGUCAGCUGUCCACCGGGGUAAUGACGCGCACACUGAAGUGAAAUUAUGUGACUAUUCAGAUAUCUCAUUUUUCAGGAUGACUUUGAAAAAAACGGUGCUCUCUUUUCUUUGUGUCAAUUCUCACCUCUUUCUUUGUCAGUUUCUUUUGUUCUGGCUCAAACAACACCUCCCCUUCAGGUCUUUGUUUUCCUGGUUUCUACUGCACCGGCGGCUCAGCUUCCCCUGUUCAGAACGAGGCAGACAAGGGCUAUUUCGCCUUGGAGGGGGCAGCCAGGGCACAACCGUGUCCUCCUGGUACUUUUCAGCCGGUAUGAAACAGUCCCCGCAGAAUACCAAGUGCUGCACUUUUGAAAGUGCACUGAUGAAAUGACACGACGAGAUAAAGCCAUGUUCAAGGUUGUCUAUAAAUACUCCACAGCAUCGAGCUGCACAGUCAUGUGUGGAGUGUCAGGGAGGCAGAUUGUGUAACCAGACAGGCUUGUCCCAGCCACCACUGUGUCCCACAGGACACUACUGUCCUCCAGGGUCAUCUGCUGCUCGACCCUGUCCUCCAGUCAGUAUUGUGUGGGUGUGGAAGUGAACUGUGUUUAAAUGUCAGUGUGUGUCUGUUAUUAAAGCAACAUCUUUCCUUUUCAUCAUGUCAUUAGCUGACUCUUUUUGAAAUCCUUCACAUCAUCAAGAUUGCUUUAAAACUUUAAAAGUUAAAAAAAGUUAAAAGUAUUCAUUCUGAUCCUACAGGGCUCUUACUCCGACCAGACUGGUGGUGAUGCUGUGAAGCACUGUCGGCCAUGUGAAGCUGGAUGGUUCUGCGGCAGAGUGGGUCUGUCUAAGCCUCAGGGCCUAUGUGACCCAGGGCAUUACUGCUCCUCUGGAGCCCCCACUGCCUCUCCUGUAAGACAUAACAAAUGACAGCUUUUAUGACUGGGCUGUCAGCUGCUUAUCCAAGAAAAAGGAGUCUUGUUAUAAAAGUGCUUAUAUGGAGUAUCUUUGCUGUUAUCGACUUGUUUAAAUGUAUGUUUUGUCAAUAUUUAUAAGCAGUUUUGUGAAGAAACCAUCCAUUACAUAUAAACCAUAUUGAUUUCUUCAUAAUAUAUGAUCAACAUGAAUUGUCAGAUAUUUUGUUUUCCAUCUGAUUGUUGAUACUUUAUGUUGAUUACGGGGUUUCAAUCAAGCAAGACAAUUCUUUAUUUUAUUAUAUCACAACAUUCAAGUACAUCUUAAUGAGGAGACAAGGAAGAGUGGAAAUUUCUGGUUGUGCUUCAUGUACAUUUCUGCCUUUUGAUUUGUCGCUCUCUAGUUGAUUUGGUGGCAGCUGUUAAUUUCCCCACUCAUUUUUUCUCUACCAAAGUGUUUUCUGUCAUUUGUUGCGAACAUGAAUUUAAAUGCAUGUUUAGCUCAAGUUAUCACUGGAAAAGUCAAUGUUUCUAAUGGCUCUUUUUUUUCCUGGAAAAGCUUCUCUCAGUGUGUGCGUGGGAAAUGACUGACAAGUCGUGCUUCCCACAGCUUUUACUUUCAAGUUCUAACUUCAUCUCAAAGACAAAAUUAAGAAACUCUCAUGUUCUGACUUCAAAUCAUUAUCCCCACAGGUAGCUCUCAUGUCAGGAGGUGUUUGCACUGCAGGCUACAUCUGCCCGCGAGGGACCAUGUUCCCCCGGCAGCACCCCUGUCCUGUAGGAACCUGGAGCAGCAUUGUAGGAGCCCAAAACCUGUCCUCCUGCUGGCCUUGCCCUUCAGGACUUUACUGCAACAGUACUGGACUCAGCUGGCCUUCAGGAGCCUGCCACACAGGUAAACAUUAUUUUUUGUCCAAGGUGUCUCAUAAUUAUGAAAAUCAGUGUAGAUUACAUAAAUUACAAACAAAAACAGUCUGUAAUUCUUGACAGGAUAAAAUGUUAGUUUUUUUGAUCAUCAUUUUUUUAUUUUAUUGGUACUAGUUAUGCUGUCACUUUUUAAAAAUGCCUUUCUAAUAAAAUGCCGGCUUCAAAGCAUGUUGUCUAGUUUGUGAGUGACACAAAAAACAUGAAUCUGAACAAAGAAGCAUCUUAUAAUAUUUUAGUUUGUUAAGAGUUGUAUUGUCUGUUUGAAGGGUAUUACUGUUCAGGAGGAGCCUUCUCUUCGAUGCCAUUGGACGGUGUUACAGGGGAUGUUUGUCCUGUUGGACACUACUGUCCCAAGGGUUCAACUUCCCCCAUACCUUGUCCUGAUGGGACAUUUUCAAACACUACAGGUAUUGAAAAUUCAUCCUGUGGUCCCACAUAAAAUAAAAGGAACAUAAUUUGACCUGUUUAAUGGAGACACUGCUCCAUCUUAUCUAUCUUUUUCUUUCUCAAAGGUGCAGAGGCUUGUGAUGACUGCCCCCCAGGGACCUACUGCCUGUCUGGAGAAGGUGUCCAGCUGUGUCCUGCAGGACACUACUGCCUCGGUGGUGGUGUUGAGGGAAUCCUCCCCUGCCCUCCUGGCACAUUCAGUGCACACAUUGGCCUCAGCCAAGUGGAGCAGUGCCUCAUCUGUCCAGCAGGUGAGAGUGUUGUCUUACAUUUCUCUUUAUUGGUUUUCAAGAAUUUGAAAGUCUCUCCUGAAAUUUUCUUUGAGGUGAAUUCAACUUUAAUUCAUUAACUUAUCAAUCUGCUAGAUGUUUAGGAACAAAUGAUUGAAUGAGUUUUUGAAAUUUGAUUAACUAGAGUUGGAAAAUUACUUUAUGAUAGUGUUUAUGAUCUGUUAUAUUUCUUUUUUAUUCUCACUGAAGUGAUGGUUUUAAUUGUUCACGCUGUGCUGACAGGGUUCUACUGUGAGGACUGGGGUCUGUUUGAACCUACUGGACCCUGUCAAGCUGGUUACUACUGUAUAGCAGGUAAACUCCAUGUACUGUGACCUUACCUAAAGAGCAGCUCCUAUAAACAAUAAUGGUGGCUUUCUUUCAAACUAAAUCAUGCAACUCCACUCAUCUUAUAUGUGCAACUUUUAAAGGUGUGAACUUUCAGAAUCCAGAUGGUAAUUUCAGCACUGGAGUGGGAGGGGCGUGUCCGUCGGGGAGGUAUUGUCCUGAGGGAACCAGCCUCCCAUUGCCCUGUCCGCAAGGAACCUACUCUAACAGGUUAGUGGAUCAAUAUGAUGCUUUAACAGUCUUUCAGUUUGUUGUACUUUUCAACUGUAUGUUUAAGAUUGAAUGUAUUUGUGGUUGCAGUUUUCAUCUGAUGGAUACCUUAGGCUGCAGUCCUUGUCCAGCCGGUCACUUCUGUGGCACUGCAGGUCUCACUCAUCCAUCUGGACUGUGUCAAGCUGGAUUCUUCUGUCCAGGGGGGGAUACAACAGCCACAGGUAGAAAUAAUCAUAUUAAUUGGUAUUUUUGGAUGAUAUAACGGAGAUAAACACAACUUCUUUAUAUUUCUAUAGAAUAAAUGUAGUCUGCUGCCUUCAGGUAUCAAUUAAAAGAAAAAACUGUAAUUAAAAAAAAUGGUAAAUAAUGAAUGUACUUCACACUAGGGAUGAAAGAGAGGGAAGUGGAGCAAAUGCAUUAUGUGUAGAGAGAAAUCUUAUGAAUAGGCAUCAGUUUAAUGAGAAACAGAUGUUGGUAAGUGCAGGGAAUCUAAACGUGUGAGGUUGUUUUGUUAAAUGAAUGAUUACUGUAUGAAUCAGGAUUUAAUCACUGAACUCAUCACAUUAAAGGCUUAGCAGUCAUAAUCCUCAUAAUUUACUGCAUCUAAUUGUUUACUCCUUUCCAGGCUCAGGGGGAGGUCUUUGCCCAUCAGCUCAUUAUUGCCCAGAGGGUAGUGAGAGGCCAAUACCUUGCCCAGCUGGGACCUACACCAACCUCACAGGGCAGUCCGUGUGUUCUCGCUGUCCAGCUGGAUACUACUGUCCAGACAGGACUGGCAACUUCACCAAGUUCCCCUGCCCGUCUGGUUUCUACUGUCCCGAUGGUAAACUCAUAUCCAGCACUGUGAGCAAUGGUUGUUUGCCAUGUUACUGAAAAUGUUAGACAGUGUUGACAUGAAGUCGAAUUCACUGUAUCAACACUUUUCUGUGGUGUACUGCUCAGGCUGAGUGGCUGGAAUGAUGGUAUUGUAUAGCUCUGUUUAAUGAUUGAAAAUUAUCUAAAUGAAACAGUGGUUAUAAAUCACUGCUUCCCAAAAAGGAGGAAACUUAAAUGACAAAAUUAAGGAAAAAUCUUGAUAUUAGUCAAUUUUGAUGUAAAAUUUAACAAUCUAACUGUAGUUACAACUAUAGCUGGAUAUCAGCUGGUUGCAUUAAACUACUUCCAAGCUGAACGAGACAUAAGAGGAAAACUGCUGCAGAGUAAAUAUAGUCAGUUACCUCCAAAUAACACAUCUAGAAAUUAUUGUAAUUUAACUGCUUGUAUUCUGUGCACAGGAACUAGGCAUGCCACCCAGUUUCCCUGUCCCCGUGGAUACUACAACCCGCAGCCGAUGACUCAGAGUCUGGACAGCUGCCUGCCCUGUCCUCCAGGACACUACUGUGAGAAGGAGGGGCUGACCAAAGUCUCUGGAAAAUGCAAAGCUGGUCAGUAAUGAUUUUUGUACCACAAAAAGACACAAACAAAGCAAUACAGUCCAGUUUUUCAGUGUCAGGACUUCUGUGCCUUGUGUCCUUUGUGCUAUUUGUCUUUGGCGGCUACCGUGCUAAACCAAAGUAGUCCACAAAUACUGAGGUAGGGUGCAAAGAGUGAACAUUAGGCAGCAAAUAUCAAGCUCAAAUUCACCCCUUAUCAGUCAUUGUUUACCCGAUCCUCUCAUAUAAUUGUAUGUCAUUAAGCUUUAAUGAUGCAAAAGCUUUUAGAUAUACAAUUGUAUAUCCUUUAUUUAUGCUUUGAGCUGCAGAACAGCCUGGAUACAGACCACUUAAUGAAAACAGAUAACAGAAUAGUGCCGUCCUGCUUUAUUAAGCUCCUGUUUCUCAUCGGUGACUCAUCUUUCUCACCUUCCUCUGUAUCGCCAUCUUCCUGCAAUUUUGGCACAUUUUUUUUCACACUCAUCUCAGGAAGUGGUCAUGUGAAAUCUUCACAAAUGCAGCUCUGUGUCAGCAACAGGAGUGUUUACAUAUCACAGAUAUAGACAGCAGUCAAAACAUCAGAACCUCGCCUUCAUUAUCUCCCACUUUGUUUCUUGCUGUGUUUUCCUUCCAGGCUGGUUCUGUGUGUCGGCGGCGUGGAACUCCCAGCCUUUUGACCUGGACAAUUACACAAAUGCCAACUGCCUGUGUCCGGCUACAUCCACCGGGGGGCGCUGCCAGGUUGGCUUUUACUGCCCCCUGGGUAGCUCAGAGCCCUUACCUUGUCUGCCUGGAACCUUUUGUAACAUCUCAGGUAUUCAAGCAGGUUGAUUCAAUUCACCUAUCUUCACUUUGUAGCCUGCCACCAGCAGGUCAUGUCACUCCAAAAGUAGAUCAAUGUUCAGUAGUAUCUGUUAAUGUAUGUUUUGGAUAUCAUCAAGCCAGCACGAUUAUUGAUUUUACUGCUGUAUACAGUAGAUGCUAAAGUCACAAAAGUUUUAUAAAGUAUUAUUACUUCUUUUUUAGAGAAACACCAACUACCCUGAAGAAUGAGUGUUAGUCUCAAAGCAGCAUAUAUAACAGAUAUUUUCAGAUACAUUAACUAUGAUUAAUAUUGUACCUAUUCUAUUUCAAGGUUUAGCUCUUCCGAUGGGUCCCUGCUCCCCAGGGUACUACUGUGUGGGAGGAGCCUCUAAGGCCAGACCAUCAGAUGGAGAAACAGGCAACAUUUGUCCUCCAGGGACAUACUGUGGUAUGACCUGCAUUACAGUUUUGGAACAUUUGUAUUAUAAACUUACCAACAAAGUAAGCCAGUGAAAAGUCAUAAUGUUACUGAGUAUAACUGUAAAAAAAAGAACAGCUAUUGGCAAGGGUUCUUGCUCUGUAUUGAUUAGAAUUGUUGAAAUAGCAAUACAGCCCCAGAGGUUUUCUCAGGGUUCUCUAAAGUCUUUUCAGAGCCAAGAGACAUGCAAAUUAGCUGGAGUCCAGACUCUAUAAAGUAGCUUUAGCUAUGACUCAGGUGGACUGGACACCCUAAAUCACCCAUGGGUAUUAGUAUGAGUCAUCUUGUGUCUAUUUGUGUAAGCUUGCUUAUAAACUGUUGGCCUGCGUAGGGUGUUAUCACACUUUCUGCUCUGUGUCCUGGGCUCACAUGCCCUACAACUCAGGAUAGAUAUUUGCAUGGAAUGGCAAAGAUUCAAUUCAUGAAUGAAUCUCUACUCCACCUAUUUUUACUCUACAGUUAAGGGUUCUGGAGGGCCAGAGGUGUGUCCAGCGGGUACUUUCUCCCCAGUACCAGGUCUGACCAGUGGGUCUGGCUGUCAGCCCUGCACCCCAGGUUUCUACUGCAGAGGGGCAGGUCUUAAGGCACCUACUGGACCUUGCAAUGAAGGUCAGCCAUAUGCAGCCCCAUGAUUCACUGGUGUUAUGUAACUUAGGUACAUUUUUGAUAGUUAACUGUCUCAUAAAGGAAAUGUACUUGUACUCUUGUACUUUGUGUUCCUUGUCUUCAUGAUAGGCUACUGGUGCCCCCCUGGUCAGUCUCAGGCAACAGCUCUGCCAUGUCCCAAAGACCACUUCUGUCCACAAGGUAGUGCAGCUCCAGAGCCCUGCCCAUCAGGGACCUACCAAGACAGAGAGAAACAGGCAGCCUGUAUUGUCUGUGGGGCAGGUAUGAGUCCUUUACUUUUUAGACCUCAGCAUAAACAUAUAUCCCUUAUUUUCUGAAACCUGUUUUCAGCCUUUUGGCAUUUUGUUUUGCUGAACGGGCUGUAAUAAAAACACCUCUUAAGCAAUGUGUCUAAUUUAUAAAAGCUGACAACUUAGUUACAUGGAUGCAUGCAUUCCAUUUAUUGUGCUGCACUUUGCAAGUUUGUAGAUAAGUUUUCAACGAAUGUUGCUGUUUUAUUUUUAUGUCAUGUUUUCAUGUUGCUGAUUCCAAAACCAUGUGUUUCUCCUCUUUCAAGGUUACUACUGUGAUAGGCGGCUAGUUAAUGCCUCUGUACUGAGGCCUUGCCCCAAAGGACACUUCUGCCCUGCAGGAACAGCCUUGCCUAACCAACACCCCUGCCCUGCAGGCUCAUUCAACCCCAGACAGGGCACAGACAGCCUUGUGGGUUGCAUGCCAUGUGCUGCUGGACAGUACUGUCCCUCUAAAGGACUGUCAGAGCCAGCAGGUGAGAAAAAAGAGACUCCUUUUCAUUUUUCAGCCUUUCUCGAGUCUUUAAAUGCCCUUACUGCUCUGAUUUUAGUCAAGUAAUUUCCACCUUUACUCCUGUUUCAAACAUUGGAUGCAUUUCCUAUCCAAGCUAAUAAAAUACACUUCUUUGAAAUCUGGACUCUUUUGGAGAUAUCUUUAAAUUUACUGUAAUUGCCAUUAGCUAUUUGCAUUACUGACUCUUUCAUUAUGUCUUGUAUUGAUAGUUUAGUUAUCAAACCAAGUCGCUGUCUUCUCAUGGUACAUUUUAUUCAUUUAUUUAUUAAAAUACUGUAAAAUAUUCAUGUGUUUUGAAAUUCUCUUAUCUAUAGGACCAUGUCAUGCUGGUUAUUGGUGCAAACAGGGAGCGUCAUCUCCCAGCCCACUAGAUGGACUCUCCGGCUCCCUGUGUCCACCUGGUCAUUACUGCCCCCCAGGUAACUGCCUUCAGCCGCCAGCAGCCGCUUAAGUGCCUCCAUGCUGUUCCUGCCUAUAAUGCAUCAAGUUAUAAGGGGGUCCUUACUUUCAAAAUAAUAUAAUAUUUUUCAUUAAUCUGAUGCUGACACUGCUUGUUUUAUUAGCUGAUGUAAUUAUAAAAUUAUACUGUGUGAGAUUAUUUAUGUGCUGCCAUACUUUGUUCCAGAGCCGAAUGUUUUAUUCAUGUUAAUAACCAUUCAGAGGCCUACAGGAGGCUCUGACAACAUUUAUCAUGUUAGUUGAAGACUGUUUUCUUCAAAGUAAUUUGUAAACUUGUUCUCUCUGACUUGACCCAUGCUUUAAAAAUGCUGCUGUAGGGUAAACUGUCUUGUUGUGAGCUGCUCGACACUGGGCACAUGAGUGUAUCACUUGCUUAUUUAUGGAUUAAUUCUGCUUACAGCGCACAAGAAGUUGCCACAGUUGUCAUCUUAUUAAAGUCUUUUAGAGGAUUUUCUGCACAGUCCUCUGUUUACUUAAAAUUUGCAAUGGUGUGUGUGACAUCUUUGCAGGCACUACGGCUCCUAUAGCCUGUCCUGAGGGGACCUGGUCAAACAGCUCAGGACUUCGUACCCGGGGAGACUGCAGACCUUGUUUGGGGGGAUUUUACUGUGACUCUGUCAGCCUUAUGAAACCUAAUGGACUCUGCAGUGGGGGGUACACCAAUGUCUGAAGAACACUUUGUCUGUACUUUGAAAUGAUGUAGGAUUUACUCCCCAUUAAGGAGCAAAUAAAAUAUCAGUUUAUAAUCAUAAAAAUAAAGAGUAAAGGGGUCAUAUUGUAAGCCGGGGGAAAACAAUUAGUUUGAAAACUAAUUAGCCAAUGCUAAACAACUGCUAAUGGCUACUUCCCAGCUAACUUUUCAGGAUCAUGUGAACAGGAAUUUUUGUGUCUGCUAAUGUAUUAUUUACCAAAAAACACAAGCUUAUAGAGAUUCAAGCCAGCUUAAAUAUUAGCUAGCCAGUGUUCAAUUAUCCCAGUGAGAAAUACUAAGUGAGCACUGGCUUUUGUAGACGCAACAUACACAUGCUUUCAUGUUUCUUAUGCAGGUAUUACUGUGUAGAGGGCGCCGUUACACCAACCCCUACUGAUGGGAAAACAGGGGGACCCUGUCCUGAGGGUCACUACUGCCCAGAGGGAACUGUUCAACCUGUGCCCUGUGAUCCAGGGACUUUUGUUGCUGUUACACAUGCUACUCACUGUGAGCCCUGUGUGCCAGGCUGGCAUUGUGUUUCUGGCUCCCUGUUCUUGUGUCCUGCAGGUUGGCAGUUUUAUACGCCUUUAAAGACAAUUUAUGAAGACUUUUUAAGCUACAAUGGAACCAAAAACACUACUAAAAAAACAAUAGUGUGACUGACUAAUCUAUACAUUUAUCAAUUUCCUUAUGUUUGUUUUGUGACCUUAAGGUUUUUACUGCCCUGAGGGCACUGGAUUUGAUUUGAGAGGCUGUCCAGAGGGAACCUAUGGUCCUGACCCUGGCUACUGGUCUGUAUCUCAGUGCAGGCAGUGUGACGGUGGCCAUUACUGCUCUUCUAGAAAUGGCACAGCUGUCACCGGUCCAUGUCAGGAAGGAUAUUACUGCUCACAUGGCAACAUCUCCCCCAAACCGCUGUUACAGGCUGCAGGUAAACAAACAUCUUUUCCAGACUUCACGUUUACAUAUUCUAUAAAUUUUCCUCGAAUUAUCUGUUGAUCAUCAAUAUUCUUAUUUUGAGACCUGUGACAAAUUAUAGGAUGUUCUCUGUGUCUCUCAUCAGGAGAGGGAGGGCCAUGUCCUACUGGUCAUUACUGCCCCCAGGCCUCCAUCCAUCCUCUGCCCUGUCCACGUGGCACAUUCUCCAACCUCACCAAAUUAGUCUCCCAGGUCAUUUUGACUCGGUGUAGCUCACACGUCUCCCUGACAAUGAUUGAGAGGGAAGUCUCUCCCCUCAAAAUUAAACCAUGUAGAAGUUCUUGUUUAGGGAAUUCAAGCAUCAAUGUAUUCCUCAUUUUUCCUCCAGAGGUCUCAAGAUUCAUUUGACAUAAAAAAUAAAUGAUGAAGCACAAACAGUUUCUGUCUUUUCAGAUCAUAUCAAUAGUCGGCUGCAUAAAUGGCUCAGAAAUACGUCUCUUGAUCGACUCACCUAAGAUUGUAGGGGAUAUUUCUGGGACGUAUAUUGCGUCUAGAUUUAUUUAUUCAUUCAGAAAAUCUGUCACUUAUUUCCUCCCAUAUCUCAUGAGCUUUAUGUCUUUUGUCUUUAUAUCUACGUAUAUGACAGUUAUUUCAUAUCGAACACGCUGGCUCUCCAGGCAGCAUCCUAACGGUGUCUUUCAUGCUAUUUUCAAAAAAAUCAUCUUCAAUUCAUCAUCAGCUCUAUACAGACUACGCAGUAACAUACAGCUGCAAUGUUUUCUGUAGUCACAGCCAAUCAAUCUCUAAUCCUAGAUCAAUAUUAAGGCAGGCAUAUUGUCUUCUCUCAAUACCUUACAGCCUCUUUCUCUCUCCCUGUCUUUGUCUCUCUCGUUUCCCCCCUCAGGAGAAUUGCCAGCCAUGUCUCCCUGGUUACUACUGUGAUUCUGUGGGUCUCACAGCACCUUCAGGGGAGUGCUGGGAAGGCUUCUUCUGUUUGGAGGGUUCAGAUCGUCCUGACCCUCCUUUGAGAGGCAGCCAGGGAGGACCGUGUCCUAAAGGUAUUUUGUUCCACCAGAUUACACGCCUUUAUUCCUCAUUGUUCGAAAAUAAAUGAGAGAAAUGUAUCCAACAAAAACUGCCCGACAACAGAUGAUAGAAAACCACAUGUAGCUGUUGUGUAGAAGUUUUCAAGAUGCUUUGUUUUAACAGGCGUUAGUGGAAAAUCAUAGUUCUCAAGCAGGUAACUAAGUAAGAAAUAUGCGUAAAUCUGAAGCUAGUUAAGUGAGGCGGUAAACAAAACAGUCUUCAAGUUAAUAGGGCUAAACAUUAGCAGCUGCUCUUCUCGCACCAGAAAUCGAAACCCAUCUCCCAUGUGGAUUUUGCACGUCUCUAUGUGUGUGCUUGAGUGUGAAUCCCUUUCAUGACUCCUGUCUGUGCACAACCAGGUUAUUACUGUUCAAAGGGCUCCAUGGCUCCUCAGCGGUGCCCCCUGGGAACUAUCAGCGCGAAUGACGGCCAAGCCAGCUGCAGUGCCUGUCCCCCAGGGUAAACUAGCUUAUCAGCCAUGCACACUCACUUUGUACUGUAAACAUAUGCACAUUUCCACAUGUAAUCAUGAUGGAUUACUUAAGAACUAACAAUGCUCUUCAUGUUUUUCUUGUGCACAUGUAUUAAUGAUUUUCCCCUCCUUUCAAACAUACACAAACACUCACAGACACUAGUACACUCAUGCCUCAUUGCCCCCACAAGCAGCCAAGAACUAAUUUAUUCCCUCUUUGUUGUCUGGGUAGUUUUUACUGCCCUGGCAGGAGUAAUGGCUCUCUGUCUCAAAGUUAUGAGUGUCCAGUGGGUUAUUACUGCCCGGCUGGGACAUGGUCCAAACACCAGUUCCCAUGUCCAGUUGGAUCCAUCAACCCCCACACUCGGAUGGCGAAACCCCAGGACUGCUUGCUUUGCCCUCCAGGUCACACUCCGUUUACUACUUAUUACGCUAUAUAUUGCUAAGUUUCCAAGGUUAAAUAGUUGAAUUAAUGUUUUAAAAAUACAUAAUAAAGUCCAAGGCUUUUAUUAAUCCAAUAUUCAGGGUUUGUUACACACUCAAUGUUCUGCAGAGUAAUUUUUCUCUGUUCCUCUAAAUUUCACCCCUCUGUCCUGAUCAUUCCAGGCGCCUUCUGUGCAGCCCCGGGGAAGGGAGUUAUAUCAGGUCAUUGUGAUGCAGGGUACUACUGCCUCUCAGGCGCCUGGUCACCCACACCACAGGACAAGGGGACGACAGGUGAUAAAUGUCCUGUGGGUCACUACUGUCCCAAGGGGUCAUCAGUACCACUGCCCUGUCCCAUCGGACAUUACAGCAACAAAACUUUGAACACUCAACUCUCUGACUGCUUACCUUGUAUUCCAGGUUGGGUUGAAUUUUGUGUCAUAUAUUUGUAUUUAAUUAUGUCUUUAAGAGUAUUGCAUAAUUUGAAAUAACAGAGGAUAAUCCCUUCACACACUCCCCGCAACUGCUUAGCAAUGUGUCUUUUUGUGUUGCAGGAUUCCUCUGUGCCACUAGAGGGCUCUCUUUCCCUUCUCAUAACUGCCCAGCUGGCUCAUACUGUCCAGGCAGCAGCAACAGCAACAAAGAAACAUCUAUACUCUGCUCACCUGGACACAUGUGCCCACCUGGAACCAAUAGGCAGGUGCCCUGCUUGCCAGGGACCUAUCAGGAUUUACCUGGACAGGUGAGGAAGUGAAGAAUAAACGUCUGACUAAUGAUGUCAUUUGUCUACAGUCCUAAAAGAAAGAUGAAGGAUCAUUUAAGGAUGUUAAAGUAGCUGAGUUUUCAUCGAGAAAGCCACAAAGCGUGAUAUACUGGAUAUAGAAAUAUGUUCCCCAAAACUGAAAUUGGAAUAUCGACUAACUGUACCUAUAAAAGAUGGGUUGUGAAUGUGUCAUGAAUCUGAGUAAUAUAAGCAUUCAAGGGGAAGUUAUGGCCCUCCUGGAAGCAGAGAAAAAAUGUUCCAGCUGGCCCACAUUUUCUAAAAUCAGUGCAAACUUUGUACAGAUGAAAGUUCAGCUUUUAUCUUCUCCAACACAAGCAUCUAAAGUGGCAGUGUUGGCUGAUGUAAGCGGACAUCUGUAUUUAUAAUUGUAUUUUUACACAGUGUGGGAAAUAAUUAUGUCUUUAACUUCCUCCUCCACAGGCUGAGUGUGUAAAAUGUCCAGCAGGAUUUUAUUGUGCUGGAUCUGUGGUUGCAGAGAGCGGGUAUUUGUCUGGGACUCACACUCCCAUGCUGUGUCCUAAAGGACACUUCUGCCCACCAGGUAGGGUACAAAAGCUGACACAUCAGCUGCACACGUAAUAUGUAAUCAUAUCAUGUUUUCAGAUGUGAAAAUAUGUUGGACACAUGAUGCUGCAGGCUCAGUGAUAUUGAUUUCUCAGCCAGCUAUUAUGCUUUGAGUUGCAUGUUGUUGGACUGGGCUGAUUUUGUGUGUACUCCUGGAUAAAUGGCUGUAACAGUAAAUGGCUUUCUAAUUAUACAAAUGGGCAUUAUAGAGCAUAAUCAAGAUAAGGCUGGUCCUCUCAACCUGCUCUGUGAUGUUUAGUCCUCCACCAUCUGUAGAUAUUACACGCUAUUUAUCUACAGGAACACAGUCUGGUGUGGCGUUCCCAUGCCCAGCUGGUGCCUUCAACGGGCAGAUGGGGUUGUCCAAUAAGUCUGGCUGUGAGCUCUGCCCUCCUGGGAGAUACUGCAGCUCCUCUGGUCUCUCUGCCCCAACUGGACUCUGCUCUCCUGGGUAAACACAGGCAAACUGGGGGAACACUCCAUCAUGUUAACUAACAGGUUUAGAACGACAUGACACUCUGUUUCUGUUAGAUCUGUCCCCCAUGUCUAUAUUUAAACCCCCUUUUUUGCUUUGCUUUUUGCUUUCUUUCUCAUCUAUCACUCUCCACACCCCCCACCUCUAUCUCUGUCCUCAUCAUCUUUCUGUUCCUAGUUACCUCUGUAUCCAUGGUUCUGUUUCUGCUCAGCCAGAGAAGGGCUCAACAGGAGGCCUUUGCUCUCCAGGGUCCUACUGCCCCCAGGCGACCAGCUAUAUGGUUCCCUGCCCUGCAGGCACCUUCAGCUCCAUAGACGGUGACGUAUAACACUCAACAAUUACACAGAUACACUGCGGGUGACAUUUAAACAUAAUAGACUGACUUAAGAGGACUUAUCGAUGGUAUUAAGAGUAAGCUUUCAUAAUCAAUGACAAAAUUCCCUUCCUUCCUGCAACAGAAAACAAUAAUUAGAAACCAAACGAGGUGGAAAUAUUUCACUUAAUCCUCAUUUUGAGCUUCUACAUCAAACAUAUGCGUCACAGUUUUGGUUUUCCAGGGGCAGUCUCUGUGGAAGUAUGUCAGCCAUGUCUGCCUGGCUAUUACUGUGCAGAGGUUGGCCUUUCUUCACCAUCUGGGCCUUGCAAAUCCGGUUUCUACUGCACAGAAGGAUCCAGAACAGCUACACCUUUGGGUAAUACCACACAUUUCUAAUUCUUUCUGUUUUUGCUCAUAAUUUGCAGCGCGCCAAGGCAUUACAACAUUCAUAGCUGGUUGUUUUCUUUCAUAACACAAGUGACAUCUGGGUCAUGAAUGUCCGAGAGGAUUCUGACAUGAGCUUUGACUCAAUUUCCUCAAUUCUCUUCUGUUUUUAUUAAACACCUUCAUGGCCUUUACCUCCACAGUGCUGAGCAGAUCUCUGCAGAAUAUUUACCAGUUCUCAUUACUUUGACUUGGAAGAAUUUUUCCUCUCUAGGAUGGCAGAAAAUAGCUCUGGCCUUUAAGUUCACUCCCUAACCUAAUAAGUAAUGACAUCCAAUAAAGGUCUAUUGUCUCACUUACAGGAGAUAGCACAUCUCCAUCCCCACUUCCUGAUGAUUCAACCCUGGGUCAGCUCCAUGGUGAUGUGUGCCCUGUAGGCCACUACUGUCCUGAAGGGAGUGCAAAGCCAAGUCCCUGUCCUCCAGGUAGAAAACUAUCAUGUCCACAAAGAGCCUUUAAAGAAACGGAAACGGUUUAUGUUUCUGUUGUCUUGAUCAUGCAGCUGAAAUGUCUACUUUAAUUUCCCUGAAUGAGCACAGCCUCUGACCUCUUGCAUUUUAUUACACUGCCUCCAAAGGUAGUGUGCGGUACCACAAGGCCCCAGGAGGUACAGUACAAUAGAGAAUGUAUCCAGAUCUUUAAAGGAGGUUGUAAAACCUAAUGGGGAGUCCAAUAUAACUGUCAUAAUGGUCAGCUAGCUGCUUAACUGAGUGGAUGAAUAGACCUGUCCAGGGCUCCUCGACAUACCAUAUCUGUCUAUGUGAGAAAAGAAAAUUAAAUAGAGUGGAUAUUUUUUUUCUGUGAUAGUUUGUUUUCUUAAUGCAGGUACUUUCUCAGGAAGGUCUGCAGCAGAGUCUGAGGCUGACUGUGAAGCUUGCUACGUGGGUUCUUACUGCCCGCUGUGGGCUCAGACCUCUGUUGACCUCCUGUGCCCCCCAGGGUGGUUCUGUCCAAAGGGAUCAGUGUCUGGACAUCAGCCAGGUAGAGUACACAUCAUCAGAGGUCAGCUCAGGUUCAGCCACUGUAGUCCAUGCACUUCAUCAUGCUCUUUUUUUCAACAACACAGUGUCUGGUCACGUACAGUAAGUCUGGUUUCUGGACAGGGUCACUCACAUAAUCAGGCUUGUUAAGAGAUAAGCUUCUUCUUCUUACUGUAAGAAGUGGUGCACAUGUAUGAGAUACUACAUUUUCACAUAAAGAGGAACACCAAGAAUAUUAUAAAACAGCAGAAAAGAAAAAAGAAAAAAAUUAAAAAUUACAAACAGCAUAUAGGAUUGAAAGCUCUCAGCAAUUUAAACAUGUCAGUUUAUGUUUUUUUGUUGGGUUUUAAAAACAUGUACCCCUAAAUCUUUCAGAACCAAAGAAUUUUAUGAGAAAUAUUUUUUUAAAUUAUUAAAAAAAUUAUUUUUAUCUCAUCUUAUCUCAUCCCAUCUCAUCUUAUGUUAUCUCGUCGCACCUUACCUUACCUUACCUCAUCUUAUCUCAUCUCAUCUCAUCAAUUGAAGUCAAUGACAGACCACACUAGUCAGGCUAUUAAGCCUCUCUGAUGUCUUUGCUUUCCUUGCUCAUCUAGUUCUAUGAUUUAGAACACCUCACCUCACCUUAUCCCAUCUCAUCUCACCUUAUCCCAUCUCAUCUCAUCUCACCUUAUCCCAUCUCAUCUCAUCUCACCUUAUCCCAUCUCAUCUCAUCUCAUCUCAUCUCACCUUAUCCCAUCUCAUCUCAUCUCACCUUAUCCCAUCUCAUCUCAUCUCACCUUAUCUCAUCUCAUCCCACCUCAUCCCAUCUCAUCUCAUCUCAUCUUAUCUCAUCUCAUCUCACCUGACCUCAUCCCAUUUCAUCUCACCUCAUCUCAUCUCAUCUCACCUUACCUUAACUUCCUUUACCUACCUUACCUUAUCUCAUCUCAUCUAAUCUCACUUUACCUUACCUUACCUUACCUUACUUUACCUAUCUCAUCUCAUCUCCUCUCAUCUCCUCUCAUCUCAUCUCAUAAAUUGAAGUCAAUGACAGACCACACUAGUCAGAUUACCAAGCCUCACUGAUAUCUUUGCUUUCCUUGCUCAUCUAGGCUCUUGAUUUGGGGUGUGGAGGUCAUUUAGAGGGGAGUGGUAGAAUCAGGCUACGUUGAUACCUUGAGCAUGGCUCUCAGAGUCUGGGUCUGUUUGCUUACAAUGGCUGCUAAGGCCAAAUGAUAUGCCCUGUAACCUAUUCGUAUAGAGCUAAAAUCCCAGGACAGGGCUUCAUUUUGGAGAGGAGGUUCUAGUGCUUAUCAUUUUCAUAAAGGCACCUGUAUCUUGUAUUUAUCUGAAAGAUGUUUGCCUUCUGAAUGCAGCCUUUCUGUUAUUGCCCCCACGGAUAUGUAUAUGUUUACAAACUUUCUAUUUGUACAGCAUGUGAGGGGGAUUUAUGCCUCAGACAAGCUUUCCCCUUCCUCUUUUAUCACGUGCACACACACCCACCGAUUCUAUAAAAGGCACACUCUUUCCCUUUUAUUGCACGGAUCUUUAGCUAAUUUGAGCGUAAAAUGGCUCAGAACCCAUAAAAAGUCUAUGGCUUGUGUCUGCCAGAGACAGAGUACCUGCUGAUGAGCCUUUCAGCUCUCCUGCUCGCCUCCCACGGGAUUUUCUUACAGGACUAAUAGUGCUCAGCGUCACUCUCUUGUUCAUUUCUUUGUGUCAUACUGAGCAUGGAAAAAUACAGCUACCAUGGUUUUUGUUCUGUAUAAAAUUCAUCACAUAAUUGUCUUUUUAUGGAUGAAAUCUAUUAGUGAUAAAAUAGUCUGACAUGUACAUAUCUUGUUUUAUCUAAUGAGAGAUCUUUUUAUGCCUCUACUGCAGGAUAUCAGUGCCCACCUGGCUAUGCCUGCCCAAAUGGUAGUGCUGAUCCAACAAUCUGUGGCCCUGGAACUUUUCAGUCCUCACCGGGACAAUCUACCUGCGACAUCUGCCCUCCGGGUAAUCAGAAAAGACAAGACAAACUCUAAAAUCAGAAAAAGGGUGAACGAGAGCUAAUUACAUUAUCAUGCCCAGGUUUCUACUGUAUGGAGGGAUCAUCUGUGCCAUCUCCGUGUCCAAUGGGCAGUGCCAGUCCAUCAGCUGGCAUGACCUCUCUGAAUGAUUGCACCCCCUGCCCUCUUGGCUUCUUCUGUAACAGCAGUGCUCUGACAGAGCCGACUGGACCCUGCAGCCAAGGUCUGACAGUUCUCCACAGGACAUGAUGUCCGGCAAUAUAGCUUUUAAGCUUUUAUUCUUCUGUUUGAGCCGCUGUUUUCUUUACAUAACACAGUGCAACUUUCUUUUCAUCUAUUACCACAGGACAUUUUUGCUCCCUGGGGUCCAGUGAGCCCUCUCCUGUCUCAAAACCUUAUGGAGAUGUUUGUCCCAAAGGACACUUCUGUCCUCAGGGUAGUGGGUCACCUAAACCCUGUCCCUUUGGCAGCUUUCUCCCAACGCCUGGAGCUUCCUCUUCCUCUCAUUGCCAAUGGUGCCCACCAGGGAGAUACUGUCUGAGCCCUGCUAGCUCACAGCCCACAGGUUGGGGAUUAGCAUCGCUGGAUGAGUACAAAUGUCCAAUUAUCUCGAACCCAAAACAUCAUCCAUGUUUCAUGCAGCAAUAUUCUCCUAAUUAUUAUACAAUAAUGAUAAUUACUAUCAAAAAUAAUAAUCAAUGAAGUCAGUUAUGAGUCAGGUAUGAUUAUAAGGUCAAGAUCUCAUGCUUGCACCCUUUCCCUAAUUCCCCUGGUUGUCAGGUUUGUGUUAUGCUGGAUACUUCUGUUCUGGCGGCACUAAUAGCCCCUCUCCUCGGGCCAGCCCCUCCCUGUUCAGCUGCCUCUGUGAAAUACUGGAGGUUUAUACCACAAAGACAAGCAACGCCUUCUGGAUGCACAAUUUGCCCUGCUUCAACAACUCCAGUAAUUCUGGUAAAAUAUGGUUUUCUUGACUCUGUAACAACAUAGUAAAUGCUUCCCUUGAAAGGGCAGUACAUCAAUUUCUCCAAACUCUGUAACUCGCGUUUAGCUCCUUACAUGUUGUGAUAAAUGCCCCACAAGGCAGCAGCUUUUCAGUUUGACCUUCCCUAUAAGUAUUCUACGAUUAAUCAUUGCCUCAUAGUGCCACAUUGUAAAAAAUAUCCCCUCUGCAGUCAAAACUGUGAAAUCAGCUUGCAGAAAGAGUAAAAGGCUGCCUUUUUAUUUCCCAUCUGCAAGACAAAGAUAUUAACUUUGACAUCUUUCAUGCUUUAUCUGCCAUGGUCUAUAAUAGGAAGAGAUGUCAGCUGGAUCGAAGCGGUUACACCGCCGCUGGGAGAUUCAGACCAUAUCAUGACUCACUCAUCGCUGUGUCUCAAGAGCCCACACUAUGCAUGUUCCACCUACAGAGGAGAUAUCUGCCCUAGAGGUGGGUUAAGCCCUGACAGUGGAUUUUGUGUAUACGAUGGGCUAUACUUUUCUGCACUCCCUCAAGCACAUGUUAUCUGUCCUGCACUUGACAUGGUAAGCCCACUUAGUGAAAUUUGCUCUGACAUAUGACUGAUUUAAUGUGAUCUGUCCAGUAUGUGUGGGAGGCUCCAGCUUAAAUACAGAUUCAGGAUGAGGCUGACAGGGGUUGGUAGACCAUAUUGUGAACUAAUCUCAAGAGUACAACAAAAUACAAGCAGCACAUUAUCAAAGCUGAUGUUAUGAAAGUACAGCAUUUGUUUUGUAAAACUAAUUUCACUAUUCCAAGACCUGGGAACAUAAAUGUCUGAGUUAGAUCUCCCUCUUGUGUUGCUGGAGAUAUUUGAUUGGGAUUAAACAUAAAAAAAACAAAAAUUAAAUAACAGCUCAAGUCAGAUGAGUGAGGAACUUAUUUAAAUCCUUGCAGCAAAGUAAUUGCUGCCCCCUGAAACAUAAAAUGACUUGUGAGUUUGCUGUGAAGAGAAAAGCAGAAAAUAAAAGUGUGUGGAUAGAAAGUUCAAGAAAAUCCUCUUUCUCUAGAGGGAGUUUGUAAGAAACAGUAAUCCUCCUGAUUGGAUUGUUGCUUCUGCUGAUGUUAAUAGCAGCAACACUUUUGUUUUUGCUCUUUUUCAGGAUUUUAUUGUCCCCUGGGCUCUGCUUACCCACAGCCAUGUAAGUCUGGCUCUUACUGUAACCAGACUGGGCUAGAUGCCCCAGCAGGGCCUUGUGCUGCAGGAUAUUACUGCCCUGAGGGCUCUCUAGACUCCCAUGCAAGCCUCUGCCCCAUUGGACACUACUGCCCCCUUGGAGCUCCUCUUCCCCUGCCUUGUCCCAUCGGCACCAUAAAGAGUGAGAUUUAACUUUUAUGUAAAUACAGUUGCACUUUUUAAGCUCAUCUAAUGAUAACUUUUUAUGAUUUCUGUUUGCAAGAAGGUUUCAAGCAGGAAAGUGUGCGAUACUUGUGUUUUCUACCCUUCAAAAGAGAGAUGAGUCAGUGAUCCUCUCUGCUUUUUUUGCUCAUGAAUUAAUGAUGAACCGGUAAUCAGGCACAAUACAACACCUAAUCCUCCUUGUUGCAGACAUUGUCAGUUUUCCUUCUUUAUGUCCUUACAUGAACUUUUGUAUCUCCUCGCAGUUCAGUGAUGCAGAGAAAUGCAAGAGGGCCUUUUCUUCUCCCUUUGGCACCUAUGAAUAAUUUCAAUAACAAAGUGGUUUAAUCGCGUAAUGGUAUUCCUGUCUUGCGGCUGACAACUCGGAUCCUAUUAAAAUGUGCUGUGGUUUCUUUGUAUGGUUAUGAAUUAGUAACCCAUGAGGAAACAGGUAUGCAAUCGUAUUUUGUUGACAUGCAGUUUGGAUCAGUGACUUUGUUUGUCUGCUGGCCGACUGACAGUGCACUUGGUCUCAUGGCCAAAACACCAAACUAGUUCAAACUGAUGCAUUUGUAUUUAUUUAAUAAUUCUCCCACAUGUGUACUGUGCGCUUUCCAACAGGUUUCCUUGGCGGAUCUACAGUCGAGUCUUGCCAGCUGUGUCCUGCAGGUCACUACUGCCACCACAGAGGAAAAGCUGAGCCAAGCGGCCGGUGUGCAGAAGGUUACUACUGUCCUGAAGGACAGAGCUCAGAGACACCACAACAACAUUUGUGCUCAGUGGGACAUAGUUGUGAGAAGGUCAGUCUUCUAGUAUUAGUCCUAAAGCUACUGUCAGUCAUCCUUACUGAAUAUUACAUGUGAUGCCUCUGCAGGAGUCCUCCUCUUCAGCUGCGGGUUCAUUCUGUCUCGGCAAUUGCAUUAUUAUAUACCAUAAGGCGAUUGUUGUGUGCUUCCUGUUUUUCUCAGCUGUCGCUCUACUCUCCUCUUGUUGUCUGUCUCAGUUCCUACAGUUUUUGUUGCUGCAUGAUGAUGUCUGCUGAUGCAUGUUAUUCCCCAGAUAUGAAGUCUAAUAAAAUCACUUUAACGCUUCAGGGUAGUGUCAAUCAGACAGCCUGCCUCCCAGGCAGCUACCAGCCCAGACAAGGCCAGGGCAGCUGUGAGACUUGCCCUGCUGGUUUUUAUUGUCAGAAUCAAGGUACAGCUGAUACCUUGACUUUUCAUUGAAUUAUCAGAAAAAAAUUGUAUUCUUGCACACAAAUAUACUUUGUUUUAUCUGUUCACCAGGAAUGACCCUUCCAAGUCUGUGCGGAAGAGGAUUUUAUUGUUCCAGCGGAUCAGCAAAUCAACGUCCCUGUCCAGAGGGGACGUAUGGAAACGUAUCAGGACUUGCGGAGGAAUGGCAGUGCUCGCUGUGUGACCCUGGGAUGUACUGUAAAGGGAAAGGUGCCAUGCAUGUUAUACUUUUACACUUACUUCUUAUGUGUUUCUCAGAGAUAUCUAUAAUGCCAGACAGCUGCUGUAUAUGUUCAGUCAUAAAUCACAGAAAAAUUGAAUGUCUCGUUUUUUGAUACGGUGAUAAAAUUGUUGCUUUAAUACCGUGUGUUCGUAGGAGGGACCUUCCCUAGAGGGCUGUGUGCUGCAGGUUAUGUUUGUGUUGGGGGAGCCUUCACACCUUCUCCACUUGAUGGUGUGACUGGAUUUCUCUGCCCUCCUGGCUUUUACUGCUCUGAGGGGACGUCUGUACCAAAACCCUGUCCUAAAGGAACAUACAGGUCUAUAUUUUACGAUAUCCUUACUUACUUCCAGACAAUUUAUAUGAUAAAAAAGCAUAUAAACGCUACAGCAUUAUUAAAAAUUGUGACUAAACAUUACUCUCUGUGCAGCUUGUUGUUAAGUUGACAUUUUAAGAUCCAUUUCAGAUCUGCAGACAUUCAAACAGGCAGUGAUCCAUGUCCACCUUAAUGCUCAUUAAUAUGAAACAUAACCACUAGAUGAAACAUGAGCUGUAAUGUGGGUUGAAUUGUUUGAGGUAGUGGCAAGUAGUUCCCCUCAGUGAAAUAAUACUGAGCAAUUAGUGUCCAAAUGACGUGAAAGUACUUGACAACUUCUGUGGUUUACGCUAAACAGAACUGCACAUGUUUUGACAGUGAGCAGAGUGGGCUUGUGGAUGAGUCUCAGUGCCAUAGCUGCAGUCCAGGCUUCUACUGCUCGGAGAGCGGCCUCUCCGCAGUCUCUGGGCCCUGCCUGCCAGGUCAGGCGUCACACUGAGGAAUCAGUUGUGCUACUCUGGGGCGCUAUACUUUCUCAUGUAAGAGUGCUGCUUUAAAAACUAUUCACUGAAGUGUCUUCCCUCAGGUUUCUACUGUCUGGAGGGGUCUCAGACAGCCACUCCAAUAUCAAAUGUAUCUGGAGGGGUUUGUCCGAGAGGCCACUUCUGCACAGAGGGCACAGAUGUUCCCUCCCCUUGCCCAGCUGGCACCUUUCAAAAUGAGACCGGGGGAAAAGGCAUUGAUGACUGCAAACCAUGUCAACAUGGUAAACAAAAAUUUCUCAACUCAAGUCUACAAACCAACUUUAAUUUCACAAUCUUUCACCCUCUCAGAAGAUGUUUUCCCCUUUGAAUGUCUUUGCCAGGCUGGUUCCAGGAUUUAUCAGGACAGAGAGAGUGUCACCCCUGUCCUCCCGGGUUUGUCUGCAAGUCCCCAGGUCCCGGUUCCACUAGGGGGAGCUCUACAGGGAUUUCUAGUCCAAUGCCUUGCCCUCCUGGUUACAUCUGUCCAAGAGAGAGUCCAGGGAGUCCACCUCUGUCUUGCCCCAAAGGCACCUACAGCCCAAGACAAGGUCUUACCAACAUAGGUAAAAAAAAGAGCCUUUUCUAAAAUUGAGAAAAUAAUGUAAGUAAUUUUUUUCAGCAGUUUCACCUUUCCACAAUAAAACCAGAUAUUUUGAAGACCUAGACACCAAAUGUUUUGCCUUUGUAAAGGACACAAACAGUGCGAUUGUCCCAAAGUCACCAUGAUUGAUCUCUCCUGGCAGACAGCUUGCUUUGCUAUUUGGACUGGGGUCAAAGUUGUCAAUGUGUGUUUGCAGGUGAGUGCCUGCUGUGUCCCACGGGUCAGUUUUGUGGGUCCGAGGGUUUGGUGGCGCCAUCAGGUGCUUGUGCUGCUGGCUUUCUCUGCCUGAUGGGUGCAACAGUGCCGAACCCGACUGACAACAGCACUGGAUCUUUGUGUCCCCCUGGAGUUUUCUGCUUUCAGGGACUAAGAGCAGGUAGAUUGAAAACACACCAUGUCUUUGAAUGAAAAAGUUGUUUGUGAAUAAGCUAAGUGUCUCAUUUUUGCCACGAAAUCCUCAGUGUGAAAGUGUUGUUUUCUGUCUUUGCUGCAGGUGUGUGCUGGGCUGGGUUUUAUUGCAGCUGGGGCUCAAGCAGGGCAGACGAAGCUCUUUGCCCAGCUGGUUUCUUCUGCCCCCGUGGGACGCAAUUUCCUGUGCCAUGUCCUGCAGGAACAUUUAGCUCUCACACAGGCAACUCACACCAAGAAAACUGCACCACCUGUACCCCUGGAUACUACUGUCAAGGUAGAGUUAUCUCCUGCAAAAAAGAGCAGGACAAUUUUCUUCAACAGUCUAUCAACAAUCACACAGGGAGGACACACUUGGGAGGUAGGAAAUGCAAUUUGUUUUCCAGCUGUAGCCACAAUAAAUUAACAUGCAGCUCAGGAUAAGGAAAGGUUGCUUUAACAAGGUACACUGCUAUGAUCACAGACACAUCAAAAGGACACAAAAGCUUAUCUAGAUAGAUACUGAGCAUCCAUAUGCUCGCUUUUUAUUAAAAGCAGCAAAUUCACACUUUUUCCACAGGGAUUGUCCAAAAGGAUUCAGGGAGCCACAUGGUUAUUUCUAAUUAAAGCAGAGCUGAUAUACUUGGGGGUACAAUGAGGACAGCUUAUUGAAGUUACACCGUCCUUUAUCUCUGCUCAUCUAACUGACAACUGGUUUCAUAAAGUCCACUUCUUUAAUUACGCAGCUCAGUCUUAUCUCGCCACGAGUUGGUGACAUUCAAAGUGAUGAAAACACCCUUCAUUUUACCUCCAUUAAUCAUGUCUUUUUGAUGUUGCCCAGUUGAAGGUACUGUGCAGCCUACACUGUGCCCCGUUGGAUACUAUUGUCCUGCAGGACUGACUCUGGGGCUGGAGUUCCCCUGCCCACCUGGCACUGUGCAGAACCAGCUGGGAGCCUCUGGUCCUGAGGCCUGCCUGCUGUGCCCUGCUGGUACUAAAAGCAUGAAUGACCUGUACAUGAGCAGAAGUUACCUUGAUUAUACCUGUGAAACAGCUUUAGCACAGUCAAAGCACUGUAAUUAAAAUCUUAAAGGUAAUAUUUUUAAAAUCUUUUUUUUCUUCCCUGCAGGAACUUUCUGCUCUCAUCCUGGUCUGUCAGAGUCAACAGGACUCUGCGAGGCAGGAUACUUCUGUCCCGCUGGAUCAACAAGUCCUAACUCCACCGAGUAUCAGGUCUGCAUGUAUCAUUUGUUGUCUUCAUGUCUGUCUUUCUACAAACUUCUCUAUCUCACCUUUAAAACUACACAACUGGGGUUUCUGCUUGUAAAAAAGGAGUAAGCAAAUGUAGCUUAAGUUUUUGCUCAUGGUGGAUUUACAUUGGUUUUUUUUUUUUUUUGACUGAUUUCAUAAGAAAGGCUCCUCACCAAAACAAAAAGAAAGAGAGAGUAUAUUACCAUUUGAGCCUCCAUCCACUGGCUCCCAGGUAACUUUAGAGUUGAUUUUAUGAUCUUAAUGAUGAGUUUUAAAGCACUAUCUGGACUUGCCUCCUGAGUACAUUGCUGAUCUCCUCACGUCUUUCGAGCCUUGUUGCACUCUGAGGUCCUCAGCCAUGGGUCUGCUGACCAUUCUACAAUUCAGUAGGGGAACCACUUCCACUCCUUGGAGAAAAACUGCCCAUACCAUCAGUGUUGUUGUGUGUGCGCGCGCGCCCGCGUGUGUGUCUGUGUGUUGGAGGAGCACAGCAGGCUGAUGAGAGCUGUCAGAGCGGACUGAAGCUGCUCCUAUAUGUUUAGCGUUUAACUGACUGAAUUUUGCAACUCUGUUCGUCGUUUUCGUCUCGUCCCGUCAACGUAAACGCACUUUCGUCUCGUCACAUUUUAGGUCUUACGUCUUCGUCGUGGAAGAAAAGGGAAAUAUUUUCGUCAACGAGAACAACACUGGUUGUUUUCGUUGACGAAAAUAUUUCCCUUUUUUGACGCUGACGUUGACGAAAAUAUUUGACGAAAUAUGACGAAAACAACACUGCAUACCAUCAGACUGGCAAUUUCCGUAACCUCUUAUAAAACUUGUUUAAAAACUAAUAUUUCUAAGUGUGUGUGUUUUUUUUUUACAGGAUAUGAGUUUUUAAGUUUUUAGUUUCAACUUAUAUCUGUUGCUUUUGUCUUUGCUCUUUUUCACCUUUUAACUCACUAAAAGUGCUUUUAUUAUUAUCAUUUUAUCCGAAGAAUCUAUAUUUCAGUCAUGUAUCUGUGAGAAAUAUCAAAUCCGGCAUGUGCUAGAUUGCCUGAACACAAUUGUUUAAUGCUCUACUUGUGAUAAAGCCUGUAAUUCUUCUAAUGGCACAGCUAGCUUAAAUGUCAGCCUUGUUUACAAGAAAUUAAAUCCAGCAGCAUGCACAAAAAAAUCCACUUGAGUUAUCAGUGACGCACUAAGGAUGAACCCUCCAGUGCAGCUGUCGAGGCCUAAUUCCCACGAGCACAUACAGACAUAAAACCGAGCUUUGACUGUGUUAUGAUUUUGAGUGAACACGUAUCUGCUGUCCUUGUUUGUCACUGUGUAAGCUGUCCUCAGAACUCCCUAAAGGUAAACAUGUCAACCUCAGACACACAUUGAUUAAUCAAGCAGAAAUAUUGCUGUAUUGCUCAGCACAUUUAUAGACUAAGAAGAAGUUGUUUUGCUGUCAUGACCUCAUAUCCUUUAGCCAUCACAUUUGCAGUCACACCACAAGCUCUGAAGUCACUGUGCUUUGUGCCCAUUUUAUGAUGUUGUGUGUUAUGACCAUUUCAGUCUCUUGAGUUCAAAAUACCUUCAAGGCUUUUGGUUAUUAAAAGUUCACAGUUUUGUUCAUUAGUGUCAUUAUGUUUAUAUUUUCUUUCCUUAUCUUAGGGGAAUUCUACCAAAAGCCAUCUCUGUCCUUCUGGUCACUUUUGCCCCCCUGGCACAGGCCACCCUCUCCCCUGCCCCAAAGGCUCUCUUUCCAUUUCCAGAGGCCUGAAGAGAGAAGACGACUGUCCGCCUUGCCCCCGCGGUUUCUUUUGUGACAGGCCUGCAAUGAAAGAGCUAUUAGACGCUCUCCCGUGUCAUGCUGGGUAAACACAUCUGCUCCUCUGCUUGUUUUGUUUUCAAUCUCAGCGCUCUAGGAGUAAACUCUCUCUCAUCUUUAUUUGUUCCACAAAGUGCAAGGGAGCUGUUUCCCAUUAAAACUGUAUUUCUCUACACUCUCUUCCAAGUACUUUACUUUAUUGCAUCAAAGUAUCGUAUUGUAUAUAUGUAUGACUGAAAAAGAACAACUAGAACUGACAGCAACAUUUCCGCUGCUCAAAAUCAGUUAAAAACUGUCACACGCAGAGAUCACAAAAUCAGACAUAAUUAAGGGCAGCAGAUGCCUUUUACUGAAGUGUCUCCUGUGCCUCAGCAGGAGAGGGGAGCAGGUGCCUUCAGCUGGACAAGAGUCAUAAUUAAAGCACUUUGUUUAUUCCUACACGUGGUUGCCAAUAUCCUCUGCAAUAAAAGGACAGCGCUAAACCCAUUUAAAGCACCUGUGGCACCUCGUCGUGGCUGUCGAUCCUUCAAGAGUUUGUUUCCUAUUUCAUUUGAGAGCUUUAAAUUAGAAAACCUGAAAGGAAUUAAUUCAGCUGUCUUCAAAACACUUUUGACUUCAAAAAUGUUAUAUUCAUCUUUUCAAUCAUGGAUAUUUAAAAAAGCGCUAAACAUUUGCAACCAUCAGAACCUGAGAAUCUUUCCAUUUAUUACCUCCAUCCUCAUUAAUUUUCACAUUUUUCAGGUGUCAUUUGAACUUCCAGCAUUAAAAAUAACACCUCUAGUAUAAAUGUGCCACUGCAGUCAUGUAAACAGUCAAUGUUGAUGUAGUUUUAUCACUGUCAGUUUUUCCAACCUCUCCUCUGGCAGCUUGUAGAGAUUACUGUGAUAUACAAUCAGCUCUUACAGUUUUUUGCCUUAAGGUAUGUAUGCUCGAGUGGCAGCUCCAGUCCCACUCCAGCUGCCAGUUCCCAUGGCUACCUCUGCCCUGCUGGCCAUCGCUGUCCUGUUGGCUCAGCAAACGAGGUGCCCUGUGAGCCUGGCACUUACAGUCCUGCUCCAGGAGCAGCCCACUGCUUAUUAUGCCCCAAAGGGAACAUGUGUUCCUCUUCAGCUACUCAAGAGCCCUCGAUCUGCCCAGCUGGUGAGGACAAAAAAAAUGAACUCUCUUCUCAGUAUGAUUCACUUUAGAUCCAUAUUCCGGCUGUAAUUAUUAAUUUAACUUGUAAACCACGAUUAACUCGACUGAUAAAUACUCUUUUCAGGUCAUUUUUGUCCCACUGGGACAGCCCUGCCUCAGCCCUGCCCUUUAGGGACUUACAGCAACCAGACAGGAGCUCAGUCCCCAUCUGCCUGCUCAUCCUGUCCUAGUGGGAUGUACUGCAGCUCAUACGGAGCCUCAGCACCACAAGGUGUCCACAGCCAAAACUCUCUUGGCAUUGUUUUAUCUUUUUAGUCAAAAAGUUCAACAAUGAAAUGAAAAUCAACAACUGUUUCUUUGGUUAUUUUCUAGGCUUUUGUUUGCAGGGUUUUUUCUGUGAAGGUGGAGCCAUGGAGCAAACACCACAGAGCUCUGAAAGCUUCCCCGGGAAUGGACUUUGUCCUGUAGGCCACUACUGUCCAGCAGGGUGCCUCUCUCCAGUUCCUUGCCCUCUUGGCAGCAUUCGCAACACCACAGGUACGCCUGCUGUAAGAACUCAUCAUUAAAUGGGUUUUUAUUUUCUACUGAAUAAUGAAAUAUCAAUGUUAGGUCUACUAGUGUUGUGUCAUUCGUGAAUGAUUCGUUCAAAAGAAUGAAUCUUUUCAGUGAACGUACAGAACCGAAUCACUUCCUCAAGAGAUUGGUUCGUUUCUCAGUUCAGUUGAGCUGUCAGAAGUGAAGCUUCCACAGCACGCAGUAUUGCUAGGCGAGCAGCUAGCGAGUCGCUGCAGGGAGGGAGGGACGCCUGAAUCACUUGGUGAAGGAAUCACUCAGUGAACUCCACUUUCUGGGAUCAUUUUCGUCUGAAGGAUACACUUUGGCGACCGUUGUAUAACAAACUUAAAACGUUUGGCGGGCAGUAACGAGAAGAGAGUGAGACUCACCAGCUGUAGCAAGCUCUUGACAGGACCGGCGGAGGGAGAGAAGUAUGAGUUGUGUUCAAGUGAACUUUUUUUUUUUUUUUAAACUUGAACCGUUCAGCUGUGUAUCAGUUCACGAAGUAAGAGUAGCAGGCUCCUUCCGCCCAGCGCUGAAUGAUUCAGUGAGCAAAUCUUUUGAACGAUUCUUUUUAGUGGACUGAUUCUAACGGUUCAGUACAUCUAAAUGAAUUGCCGUACCCAUCCUUAGGGUCUACAUCUCUAUGUACCCUUUCUUUUCUGUGUUGUUGUAGGAGGUGUGUCCAUGGAGAGCUGCUCUGCUUGUCCCGCAGGUCAUUACUGCUCCACUGAGGGACUGUCCAACCCCAGUGGGCCCUGUGCUUCCGGUUUCUUCUGCCCGUUUGACUUCUCUUCAGCCACUCCAUAUGCCUUCCUCUGUCCCAAGGUGACGUCUAUUCAUACACUUAUUUGUCCCUCUUCCUCUUUAUUCUGUCCUGAAUUCCCUCCCUCUUUCCUAUUGUUCCUCCUGUUUUCUGACACUUUAUCUCCUCCAGGAGUUUGUCCUGUGCUCUGUAUUAUUAGUAUCCUAUAGCAUUAAACAUCAUACAUUCUCUUGUAGGGACACUACUGUCCAGAGGGCUCUGCUCUGGCCCUGCCUUGCCCCACAGGAGAGUACCAGCCAAACCCGGGUUCAGAUAGCUGCAUACCGUGUCGACCUGGAUUCUACUGUGAGGAGGCCAUAGUGGGAGAGCCAUGGCCCUGCCCACCACACUCCUUCUGCCCUGCAGGUACUCUGAUAACAGAUCAGAAUCUGAAUCAGAAAUACAUUAAUAAUCUCCAGGAGGAAAUUGCUAUUAGUUACAGUAACUCCAGAGCAAAUAAAGUAGAAAGAGGAGAUAUGUAAUAGAUAGAAUAAGUAAAAUAAGUAAAAAUAGAGAUAAAAAGAUAAAAUAGGUAAAAUAAGUCAAAAUGAAAAGAUAAUAUACAUGUACACUAUAUACAACACAAAAUAGUGGGCAUAUAAACAGUAAGUAGAGUCCAAGUAAAGACUACUGACUGUGGGUGUCAGAGUCACUGAGGGAGGAGUUAAAAAGUCUGAUGACCACCGGCAGGAAAGAUUUCCUGUGGUGCUCCGUGGUGCAUCGUGGAGCGAGGAGCCUUCUGCUGAAGGUGCUCCUCUGCAUUUCAUCAAAGAUGAUGGAAACUUUGAUGAAAUAUUUUUAUAACUAUAAGAAAGGGGGAAAAAAAGACAUCACAAUCAUGACUUUGCUCGGUAUUUCAUCAGGGAAAUCAUAGGUCAUACAAAGUAAUUAAUCUUCUCUUUUCUACUGUAUCUUUUUAUAGGUACCAUGGUGCCCCAGCUUUGCCCUAAUGGGACUUACACACACUCAAACCAAGGAGGGCUUCAGGAAGAGAGAGAGUGUUUACCCUGCCCACCGGGGAGGUUCUGCAGGUACACUGUAUGCAUCCAAACGCUCUCAUAUGUGCACUCCUCUCACUUUUACAAACAUGCAAAAAACACAAAGAGAUGCAAAUUAGCACUCAUGCUCACACAUUCAGGCACAUGCUCAAAGGCAGGCACUCACCUCUGUUUUAAUUAUACUCCUAAUUAGCAACAUGCAGGUGUAUUUCAUGUUCAGGAGUCACGGUUCAUGGAACAGCCGAAUCAACACCUUCAUAUGCAUGAAGAUAAUGAAUGUAGAUAUGAGGUGAAGAUGUUGGGAAUUGUGUAAUCCUCAUUCUGUUUACCUAAUGAACCAUGCAUUUUGAUGUCUCCUGUGGUCUAAUGGUCUUGUGUUUGUGUGGUAUUUUUGUUUGCUCACAUACAGAGAGAGUUGUUUUUUUUUAAUCAAUAGUCUAAUCCUGAAUUUUUAUCUUUAGGGCUGGAAGGAUCCAGGGUUUGUGUGCUGCAGGGUAUCUGUGUGUGUCUGGGAGUGCAGAGUUCACCCCUCUGACACCAGAGUUUAACCUGACCCAGUGUCAGUGGGGCAUGCAGUGUACUGGACCUUGUCCUCCAGGUAUAACACAACCCCUUCUCUGUGUAAAGCUGUCUAUGAUAAAUAUUUAGUAUGAUGCAUUGUCUCUGUAACUUUUUUCAUACUUUCUCUGACUCUUGAGAUAGAUCCUCUGCAACUUUUCAACAUAUACUGCUAUUGAUUUGAUCUUUUAACUAUUUAAAAUGUUGUUUACACCAAGAGUAUUUCUUCGACAGGUUUCUACUGCCCUGAGGGUGCAGAGAAAGCGCAGUCAUGUCCUGUAAACACUAUCAGAGUCUCCCCGGGGGGUGCCAGCCCACAGGACUGCUCAUCCUGCCCACCUCAGUAUUGGUGCAAACCUGGUAUGAGCUGAUAAUGGACUUCAUGUUUGAGUGUUUUGGAGCCUUUUUGAAGGUGUCCAGUUUUUGUGGUUCAAUAUACUGUUGUGAUGUAUUGAAAAAAAUAGCAGAGUUUGAGACAAACAAACAUUUUGAGGCUAUGUAAGUAAGUCAAAGAGAGAGAAAUAGAGAGAAGCCUUUCUCUCUAUUGCUUUGGAUAUUUUACAUUGCUUACUUUCAAGACAGUCAGUAGCAUUAAUUCAUGUGUCUCAUGUGUAAGUUGCAGAGAACGAGGAUAAGCCUUGAGAAUAUUUGACGAAGCUGAGGUUUAUAGAGUUAACCUACCAGAAAUUUAGCCAGAGGCAAGUCCUCACUUUGGCCUGCUCAGUAAUCAAUACAGUAUUGAAUCAAAAUUAUCAAGAGAUAUGAGAGAGCAUGGAAAAUGUAGCAUAAACCUCUCCUUUUAAAUAUAGCUAAUACUUUUCGCCUCUUAACUUUUAGCAUGUGUGUGUCCGCAGGAGACCCAGUCCUUCAUCUGUGCCCUGCUGGUCAUUACUGUGAUGGUCUGCCUGAUAGUGAUUUCAUCAGAGGAUCAGGUCCUAGGCCUUGUCCUCUGUACACCUAUCGAGUUUCCCCUGGAGCAGGCAGCAAGGGUGACUGCCUACCAUGCCCUGCUGGUUUCCUCUGUAACAGCACAGGUCUGAUUCUCUUCAGCAAACAGACAGACACCUGCAACCUCAUUAAAAUAUGAACUGCAAUGAACUAUAGAAAUAAAAAGUUCCUCAUAGUGAGUCCCUAUAAAUAUAACUGUUUUCCACUUUCCUUCUCCUACUUUGUGUGCCUUCUGUUAUUUUUUCCUUUGGUGGGUUGAAACUUAAAUUUGCAAGGACAGAUAAAGAGAAAAGUCCUGCUAGCUAUUAAUUUCAGUUUGUAUGCACACUAUUAUACGAGCCCCUGACUCUGGGCGUGAGAUAAGAGAAAAGGAGGUGAUUGAAAAAUUGGUGAUACCCCAAGCUGCUGUAAUAAUUUAGGGGUGGAUUUACAAAAAAGUGUGGGGUUACUUUCUCUAGUGUUUAAAUCUCAGCAGAUGGUCUCCCCUCAUCUUCCCACCUCUGGUUAGUGGUAAACCACAAUCACAGCUCCUUAAGAAAGAUCAAUUACGACCAUAAGUUGGAACCUUUUCAGUAAGACUAAUGGUUAUAUGUUCUUCAUUAAAAUACGAGUGUGUGUGGAUGAUGAUGCACAGGUUUCUAAAAAGCUAUUGUUUUCUAGGUCUGACUGACUACUCCAGCUGGCCAUGCCCACCUGGUUUCUGGUGCAGUGGGACAGGACCCCUCAUCCUCUGCCCCGCAGGCACCAAGAGGCCCCUUCCUGGAGCUGCUGCACCCAGUCAGUGUGAACCAUGCACAGGGGGAACCUUCUGCCCCGAUCCUCAGCUUACAGGAAAGCCCAAUGUGGAAGGGAUCCCCUGCAGGGCCUCGUUUGAAUGUCCUGCAGGUGGGUUUAUUGGCACAUCUUACAGCAUAAACUUAGUAUAUUAAGUCCGGUAUAUAUGCAAUGACUUUCAGUCCUUAUUCUAAUAAAGCCUCUCUCCCUGAAGGCAGUAAUAAAGUUCAGCUGUAAUGAGUGUUUUGUUCAUGUUCCAGGUGCAGUCUCAGAGAAGCUGUGCAGAGCCGGUUCAUACUGUGGACCUCAGACAGCUGAGCCUCCAGUCUGUCCUGAAGGUUAUUUUUGUCCAGAGGGAUCCCAAUCCUACCACGACCCCAAACAACAGUGAGUGCAUGAAAGUUUAAAGUAACUGUCAGGGUAUUUUUGUGCUUUUUUAAUAGAACAAUAGAGAUGUAUAUAAAAUACAUAUGGACCAACGAUGGCCACAGCACUGCCUCAGACCUGGCAAGAAAACCAAUAUCUAGAAAACUGAUGUUUUAAUGAGAGGCACUAACUGACUCACUGUAAGUUAAAGCUUUAUAAAUAACCACGUCACUCUGCCCCACAGAUGCCCAUUCCCCUAUUACUGCCCAGCAAACAGCUCCGGCAUGAAGUCAUGCCAAGGGGGAUCCAUGCCUGUCAAUGCCAGUGGGCUCAGAGGGUCCAAAAGCAGCAGCUGCAGCAAAUGUAAGGGGGGGACCUAUCGUCCACACCUCUCCCCAAUCCUACAUUGCCUUCCAUGCCCUGCUGGAUACUUCUGCCUCCCAGGUAUUUGACUUACUGCCUCAUAUUACUUCAGAUAUCAUUUUUUGUCUAGUCAUUCAUGCCUCUUAAAUCCAAACAAUGUAUGAAUUUAUUUUGAUCCCUCAGGUACAGACCAAUAUGGAAGUAAUGCUUGCCCUGUGGGUUAUGUCUGUCCUGUGGGAUCCACCCAACCAAUACCCUGUCCACCAGGCUCCUUUGGUAACCUCACUCAUGCUAAGACGACGGGUGAGUGUCACCCAUGUCCAGCUGGAACCUUCAACCACUUGCCCGCACAAAAGGCCUGUUUUCCCUGCGGCAGCUCCUCCACCUCAGUAGCAGGUUUGAUCCUCAAAGAUGUUCCUCAGAUCUCUGAUGAUACUUCUGAAAUGCUGAUUUUCACACUUUUAAAAGCCUUUUUUUCCUCGUUGGUACAGAGAAAUAUCCUCACUUCACACCUCUUCACUCAGGUUCCUCUUCUUGUACCUGUAUCGGUAAGAACCGUGCAUUCCAGCACUCGGAUGGUUCAUGUUUGUGCAGAACUGGUUUUAUCUUCUACAAUGAACUGGAUUUGAAAAGCUUGAUGUCAGACAGUGAGUUUGACUGCCAACCUGAGGUGAGUAGAAGAUCAAAACUCAAAGUUUCUCCCUGAGUAAAAUUAUUUCUUUUGGUUACGAUAGUUUUUGCAAGAGCAGAUUGAAGUCUGCAGGUCUGUUUCUAUGCAGUUAUGAAGCCUGAGAUUUCUUACAACUAAAGUCAAGGUUUAAAUGCAGAAGUAUUUAACCGCUAGCUGUAAAAUAUGAUGCAGUUCAUACAUCAAAAAGGGAACAAACUCCAGCAGCCCUCAGGGUUAAGCACCACAAACAGAUUAUCAACCACAAGAAUGCAUGGCACGACAGUGACCUUACUGAAAAAGCAAGCUGUUUACUCCGUUUUUUCAGCAGAUUUUGAUAUUAGAAUAACACUGUGAAAUAUUCCUCUGUACAUGUUUUCAUUCACAUAUGAUGUAAUGAGUUGCAAGGUCUGCAUGUUUGAAGUCCUUUCAGAUGUUAGGUCAUUGGGUUUGUGUUUUUAAGGUGAACAAAAGGUGUACCACAGGGCAAGUUCGUCUGGCAGCGUCUAGAGACUGUGUAUCGCCCUCCCUUCAUUCCUGUAAUAUCACCUGUGGACCACAUGGAGGAACUCUGGAUGUGGAGAUGGGCAUGUAAAAAAAACUAAUCAUUUUCAAUGAAAGUUUACAACAUAGUUCUAUUAUAUAAUGACCUAAAAAACUUCAAAUUUUGGUUCAGGGUUCCAUAUACUGUUGUUUUUUUCCCCUUUCUGUCUUCUCUGGCUGGUCCUGAUGCUCAAAAGCUGUCAGUGUGAGCGGUAUGUGUCUGCUGAGGAGCUUUGCAACACUUCCUGCCUUUCUAGGCUGCCUCAACUCUCCGCUGAGAUAUCGACAGAUGGCAACCUGCAACUCAGCUUCAAAGAGAGAGACAGCAUGCAGUGGGUCAGGGUAAGGGAGAGUGGAUGGGGAUAUUGACAAAUUGAUGAUUUGCUGUACCUGACCAGAGUUCUGAUUUUUUUUCUUACUGGUUCACCAAAAGUCCCGUCAUUUUCAACCAGUUUCAUCAUUUAUGGUGUGAAUGUGCUACUGUCUGUCCCAGUAAGGACCUGGAUAUCAGUGCUGAGAUCAAUACUGAAUGUCCAGUACCUCUUUUCAACACAUUUACAACUGGCUAAAAUACAGUAUCAACAUCACCAUGUCAGCAAAAGUAUUUUUGUUAUAAUUUUGAUUUUUUUUUUCCAUUUGGGGUGAAAAGAGGAUGACAAUGGUGAUUGUGAUGGUAUUUCUCCAAAGUAAUUUUUUUCAUUUUGCCAUAAACAAACAAAACUAUUGUGCUUUAUUGACUGUUAAAUGAUAACAGGAGGGUUUAGAAAUCUCCUUUAUGGGGCAUUUUAAGCGACAUCUGCUGCAGAAGACAUAAAAAGCAGACUAUGCAUGUGCAGGCGUUUCGGUUGUGCAGCUCUUACUUCCCCGGUAGAAAAGUCAAAUCCAAAACUGGUGUUUCAGUGCUUUUUGUUGGUGUCAGUGAUGCAUUGUUGUCAAAUCAUUCAACUUAACUUAACUCUACUCAAACUUGAUUUAUAGAGCACAUUCAAAACAACUGGGGUUGACCAAAGUGCUGCAAGGAUUUAAAGUAGUAGGGAUGAUGAAAGUGACCCAUACAAUGCAGCAAUUACAAUAAAUAAAAUGAAAACUAAAUACACAAACACAGUGCUAUAAAAUGGAAUAAAAGAAAUAAAAAUUAAGUUAAAAUUUUGCCAUCAGUCCACUUGAACUCGAUUAAAAGCCAGGGAAUAGAUACGUGUCUUUGGGGAGGACUUAAAAACCUUUAUCUGCCUAGGGGCCGCCGCCACGAAGCCUUGGUCAUCUUUGCUUUUUAGCUUCAUUUUAGGGAAUGACCAGUAGCUGCUGAUUAGAAGAUCAGUGUUCUGGCAGCCACAACGAAUAAAGGGAUUGGACUCAAUAGUUAUCCCUAUCAGUAUGUGUGAGACUGAUGAAUAGAGAAAAAUGGUUUAAACAUUUUAAUUGAAUUAACAUUUACAAAAAUGGAAUAAAAAACACUUUAAAUUCAGAUUUGAACAUCUCUUUAGCAAACCAAAUAAAACCAUGAAUGUGUCUUUCGAGCAAUAAGGAAAAAAAAAGAAAAAGAAAAUACUUUUUUAAAAACAGAUUUCCAACAGUUUACAUGUCUCUAUAUUUUUUCAGUCAAGACUGUGUAAACCAGAGAGCAUUUUAAAUGUACUUUUUGAUAUCUUGUCAUUUUUCCCUUGCUUUAUUGAGUGUGCUUUGGUUUUGUGAUGGAUAGGCAGUUCUAAUUUAUCACGCGUCUGUCUACUGUCUACCCCCAGACUGUCGUGAAUGUUUUAGGACCAGAUAUCCAUGCCAAGAAUAUGGGUAAAAUCUAUUUGGUUCAGUUUGAGCCUGAAGGGGUGUUCGGUUGGAUUCCCACACAGAGACAUCUCAUCCAUCAGUUCCUGUCAGGUGAUUUGACAGGACUCGUUAUGCAUUAUUAUUGUAUGUUUUCUACAGGAAUGGGGUUGAAAUUGUUGCGUAAAACCAAAACAUGUCAAUAUUUCUUCACCUUUAUUUAGAUCCAUCACAACUCCAUGAUGCAAGAUCUGCAAAAAAGAGCAGAGAAGCAAACCAUGAUGGCAAAGAUGCAGACUCAUUUGUUCUUCCUCGUAUUCCCAACCCCAUCACUUGUUUGACUGCUGGUGACAUGCUGAUUUUCCACCUCACCAUCAACCAAACUGGUACAAUAAGUUUAGCUGACUAUCAUUUUGUAUAACUAUGUCAGUGCGGUGAAUUUAAGCUGCUAACUUCUUCCUCCUUUUGUUUCAAUAACUGAGACCGCCGCCGUAGCCACUUCCCGGUGUAUCAGAAAGAUCAUCUGUUUAACAGUAACCCUAGCUGGGAUUUUGGCGCCUUCAGACAUCUUGAGACUCUAAUGAAACAGACUAACUUCAACUCCACAAGGUACUUUUGAGUUAAUACUGCAGGUAGAAAUUUUUUGAUUAUACAUUUUGCAUGCUUGUCUCCUCUUUUUCACAAAUUAUUUUCCUUUUCCUUCCUUUUGUCAGGUUUGCACAUGUGUUCAUGGAAACAGGGAAGUAUGUGUUUGUGGACAGCGCUGUCCCAGAGUGGAGUUUGGUGGUGGUGGUCAGCGAGGAGGGGACAGAGUGCGACCCUCGGGCGUCUAUCUUCCAGCCAAUGACGCCGACACAGCUGGUCAAACACGGGAUUGUCAAGCAGCACAAACUCAACCUACUACCUGACUGGGGAGUGAUAGCAGGUGUGAAUCUUACCGUCUUACUCAGUGUUUUAUCCUGCAUGUUCAGUAUUGAUAUGAGUUACCCCUUUCCUUUUAUCAUACCAACUGUUUGUAGGGAUUCUGGGUCUGCUGCUGGUUGUAGUUGUGGUUCUGACCACCACAGUGCUGGUUCUGCGACCUGGAAAGACAAAGCUCAUCUCUCAGUGGAAGCAUAAGCCAAAGUGGCGCAGCCUCGGGGAGCCCAUCUGUCCAGUGGACUGUGUUUGCAGCGCAGACAGGUCUGUUAACUUGACUUCACAGUAAUGGUGUGUUUCAUCUUCACUUUAACACACUGUUGUUGGAGUUUCUUGUGGCACAUAUGUCUGUACUCCGUCUAUGCUUUAAAUUAAAGCCCUUGCACAAUCUUUUUUUUAAUUUAAGCUUCUCUAUAUUGACUAUUUCAAAUAACAUGAGAUCUGUGUUAAAUGUGUUUGUGUUUUAGCAUAGCUGUCCCAAGCCAAGGUGGCUUCCUUGGCAGUAGGGGUGUAGGAGAGGGAGCAGAGGCUGAGGAGCCCGCUGUGACUAAAGGAGGUAUGGUCACUGUUUAUAACCAAGUGUCCAAGCCUAACACCAGAGCAUGAUACAUCCAUUUAAGAAAUGUAGAAGUAGGAAUAAUGACUGAAUAUAAUGGUUAGAAAUUUUAUUCUGUUUGAAACUGAAAUGGCAACAGUUUGAUCCACAAUUUGAUCUUCUCGUCUUUGAUAAAAGAUGACAGUAACAAUGAUGAAAAGAAACAGCUGUAAAAAAAAAAAAAAAAAAGUAGAAUCUAGGCCCACUGUCCUGCAUGUUUUGGAUUUUUCCCUGCUCCAACACACCUGAUUCAAAUGAUCAGCUCGUUAUUAAGCCAUUACAGAGCUUGAUAACGAGCUGAUUAUUUGAAUCAGGUGUGUUGGAGCAGAGAAACAUCCAAAACAUGCAGGACAGUGGGCCUCGAGGACUGGACUUGAGAACUACUGGCUUAGAGGACCUGGGACACACACAUGCACUCCAAUCCUUCUUUGGCACAGUCACACUUGCACUGCAGAUGCAACAAGGGACCGAUAAUUUGAGCAAACAAAAAAUAAUUACCCCCCUCUUGAAUUGAAGGUGUAGUCAUGGGUUACCAAUUAACUGACAGCUAUCGAUGACCUCUCACACCUAUGCCCUGACCAGUUCCCACUUUGUUGCUCAGAAAUACACCCAAAGUGCAAUCCUAGCCAGACAAGCAGCCAAGAGAAAAACUCUGACAUGUCAAGGUCUUUUUGUUUUCCUCUGUGAUGCAUUCAAGUGUAUCUGACAGGACAUGAUUGUCCGCAGACAGUGAAAUGAUUGAACACAUGUAACAAAAAACAACUUGAAUUGUUUAUACUAACAUCAAAAUCAGCUUGGAAUCAGUCAGCAGUUGACAAAUCCAUCUUUGAGACCAUCUUUUAGAGAUGAUUGACACCCGAAAGUGGCAGGUGGGCGUAGCUUUCUCGCUCUAAGCUGAGGCGCCUCCGCUGUUCCAGACCAGACCAUUUUCUGUGAUUUUGAACCGUAUUUUUUUUAUACUUGGCAAUUUUUUCAAUCAGUCUUAUUUGGCUGGGUGCUUAAAUAACACAUUUCUCUGGUGUGACAACCUCAGAAAACACAUCUUUUCUCCACUUCACACAGGCUUUAAGAUUUUGCAGCUAUUGCAGCAACUUUUAAAGUCUGUACUCAGGCAAGGUCAUGCUUUUAAGAUUUAACUUGAAUACGCCAAAUUGCAGUUACCAUGAAAAUGUACGACUUACAUCAUUUGGAAAAAGUGGUCAGUUGUGAGUACAUCUGAGGCUGAUGUAAAAAACUGUCAUAGCAAUUUGUCUUAUAAAGUUUUGAAAUGGACCAACUGCAGGGCCAACAACCAUGUAGUCCAUGGAGCCAUUGGUUUAGCACCACUGAAAAUCUACCUCAGGGAUACAAAUGUUGGUUAUUACUUGAGAUUACUUUAGUGUAAAUUUACCCUUCAUAAAUGACUACAAAUGUCUUCUCAACUGUCGUCCUCUCUCACACACCCUUUUAAUUUGGUUCCAGUUUAUUUACCAUAGUUUUUUUUCCCUUUUCUUAUGGCGUAGAGCUGGCCUUAAUCAUUCUCAUUUUGCACACUUGUUGCAUUAUUCAUGCAGCUUAAAAGGGUGUAAAAAUGUCUAUUGCCCCCCCUCAUUAUGAAACCAUCACACAUGACCAGGUAGCGGUUAACAGCCUAUUCCCAAUAUGAUUGAUGAUAAAGAAAAUAAUAGCACUACACACUAAUGACUUAUGCUGUUAUCUCAAGCUCCCCAGUUAGCCUCUGCAAUUUUAAUUCAAGCACUUAUCAUCCACUGCGUGCUGCAUCCUGGACCGUCUAAAAAGCUUUAUGGAGUCAAAGACUCUUUUGGUUUCAGCAGGCAGCCAUUCAUCCUGGGUGUAUCUCAUUUACUCUACUAGGGUGGCAUGCUGAGAAUUUACCACUUAUUUUCAGCCAGUUCUGACUUGUUCAAUAUUCACACUUUCUGCUCCUUUCAGGGAGUCUGUCAGGGCGCUUUGAUUUGGAAGAGUUCAAUGUGAAGACUCUUUAUGAUAAACUAGAGGACCAGAACCUCCACAUAGCCUCACAGCUCGCCCGAUACCGGAAAGACACACAGGAGUUUUACAGAAAUAUGUGUCAGCAGACUGAAACCCUAAAGGUGAGUAAUACUAGUUUAAAGAAAGAACUGGCCAUGAAAAUGAAAUUGAAUUAAGUUAAAAUGUGUGUGUUUCAGAGCCAUUGAAAAAGUUAUAUUGUUUAUUUCCUUUUAGAGUGUCUUCGAGAAUAUGGACGGCAAAAAACUCAGUCUUUUUAAGGAGCUGUUAGCACAAAAUGCAAUGACAGCUAGACCAUCUAACAGCAGUGUGGGAGGAGGAGAUGAACAAGGUAAAAGUGAAUGAUGAUAAUGACCUUAAAGAAUGAUAGAAAAGCUUUAUUUUACCACGUUAUGGUCAUUGUGAAUAUAAAUUAAUUCCUUCCAAAUCCAAAAGUGUAAAGAAGUGGUUCACUGAGACAAAUUUCUGCAUACAUAACUACACAAUCAUUAAACAUGCUAAUAAGCAAACAUGACUCAACAAAAUGAAUCAUACCCGUCUCUAAUGUGUCUGUCUGUUUACUGUUUCUUUUACCGGAUGGAAAUUCCCCAUCACCCACAGCUGAGGCUUUUGUAGCAUCAUUGGAAGCUGUUCUGAGAUCGGUGGAAACUCUUUUAUACAAGCCAAGAGGAGGCACAUUGCCUGGUCCCCGGUUCUGUCACACUGGUGCUCAUGAGGCCAGAGAGUGUGACCAGCAAGCCAAUGACACAAGCAUCUGCUACACCCAGGUAACGUGGUCUCAUUAAGUCUGUUUCUUUAAAUGAUAAGAAGGGGAAUCAUUUUGAUUUUCAAAAACUUUUGACAGUUUUCACCAACAAGUAUGACCAAAGCAGAAGCGCUUCCCAAUGAACCAGGUAAAGAGAAAUUCAUGCUAAACUUUCAUGUAUUUUGAAGAGUAUCAGGAUGAUCCAGCACCCUAUUCAAAUGGUUCUGUUUGCCUAGUCCCCUUACAGAGCACAGCCCCAUGUCUGAGUGACCAUGACCUGUGUAAGUUGGUCAGCAUAACUCCGCUAUUCAAGACCCUGCAGGAGAUCCAGCAAUCCUUGCAGACUCUUAACACUGCUGCGGCUGAUGAGCAUCUCCACAAUGGUACAGAUGACAAGCCACGAAAUAACACCUCAGAUGUAAUUAAACUGAAAUUAAAGGCAUGGUUGACGAUCUGAGAAGUGGUUGAAAAAAACUGAGCCAUUGAGGCAGAUUUGAAAAAAGCGUCCCACCCCCCACACACAAACCUCUCCCCUCUGUGCUCCACGAUAACUCGAAUCGCCUUCCCUAUGGCACAACCCCUCUGGCAGAGCAAGAAGCCAGCUGGCAGAAAAUCCUACGCUAGCUUCAAAUAGGAUUCACCAUGUUGGAUUGCUAGUGACCAGCAGCAGUAAACACCAGCUCUGCUAGCAAGCACUGUCUGCCGCUGCCUGGACAGCUACCGUGUUGACAUUGAAGAGACUAAUAAGAGUUAUUUAUGUAACAUGUGCCACGAUAAAAGGCAAAAAUUGCCUGUUCAACAAAAACUCUGCUGUCUCAGCAUCUGUUCUCAGGUCCAAAUCCCAGUGGAGCCUUCUCCACCGCUCGAAGAAUGACCCGAGGUUUAUUCAAGUUAGAUUCUUCGUUUUGUCACAUUUCCUCUUCAACUCUGCCUUUCUUUUGUCGGCUUGCGUUUUCUUGGCACUUUUGGCGGUGGGACAAUCAAAAGUGGGUUUUUUUUCCGUCCUCCUCUAUCACAGCUCCUGUAGCUAAGCUGCUACGCUACUUUUAGCCGUUCAGAGGUCCGAGGAGGGCCGGGAGAGUGGGAGGGGACGAGUCAGAACAACGGGAGAGGUUGAAUACAGCGAGGUGAUUGGAUGGCGAGGCAGAGCUGGAGAUCGACCAAUAGGAGCUGUCCGGGACGGAUGGCUUCCAUUGGUCAAUGUUUUUGCAGCCCUGCACCUGCUAGGGUGAACAGAUUUUUUUCCUCUUCUUCGCACUAGAGGACCAUAAUUGCCAUAUAAAUGAGGCUCAUAAUAAUUAACAAUCUCUCCAAUCGCCAACCAUGCCUUUAAUAUAUCUUGCCAGUUUUGGUGAUUGAGUCCUCUCUCUGAUUCAGCAGCUGCGGAGCUGCCUGUCCAAGACGACCGUGAUGGACAGCUUAUCCCCACUGCGUUGGACAACCUCUCACCUCAACACUCAGCCAUUUUCCUCUUUGGUUGCCAGGUGAUGCAACUGCUUGCAAACUGCCCCUCAUUCCCCUCUGUGCUGCUGCUGCUGGCCAAGUCUCUCCCUGUUUCUCCAGCUCUCUCUAACAAGGUUCUGCUGGCACACUGCUCCAGGGACUUCUAUUUUGAUGAAACCAAUCAAAUCCUUUAUCUGUCAGAGGUAAAGCUUAAACACGCAGGACACUUCAUCGCUACGAUUCUGCAGUCCAUGGCCCACAUAGCAUCAGGUAAUCAGACAGAGAGAGUCAUGUGACCCAGUUGUGUCAUGCUGUCACAAUUGUCAUGCACUGUGGCAAAGUGAAACAGCUCUGACAAUCAUCUUCAAAAGCACAGACUCGGUAAUCUUCUUUGGAAACAGUAUAUCUGUUCUCAUUUUUUGUCCAGCGUCCAAACCACAAAGCUUUAUGCCAGCUCUCCAUGAGGCCAUUUCAGCAUUAAGCCUUCAGCUGUUCAACUUCUCUUUCAAAUGGAGCACAGCAGAGGUUUGUAAGUGCCUCACACAUCCUCCACAUACUGCAUGGGUACGGGUGGAUAACUUUUUUUUCUGCUUUAUUCCAGCAGUCAAAAUCUGAUGCUUCAGAGGGGCAGUGCGGCACAUUAGCUGAGGAAUUUCUCAACAUUAGAUUUCCCAGUGAGCAGCACUUCACUGAGCAUUUACUAGCUAAAAGGUCGGUGUGAGAGAUGAAAAGAAAAAGAAUGUAUUAAUUAAGUGUUAGCUUUCACAAAUUUGAUAAAUGUUAUUCCCAUUCUCGAUCAUAGGCUUGAGAAUUACAAAUACUUCAAGUCAGAGCAGCUCAUCUUGGAUCUGAAACAGAAUUCAACUGGCAACAUAAACACAGGUGAGAGCAGAGUUCAUCUCUGUUUUCCAGAGCAGACAAAUCCUUAAAUCAGUGGGAUCAACUGGAACAACUGCUCCACACAAAACUAUUCAUUGAGACAGACAAACCAUCGAGAACAACACCUACUAUAACGCAUGGGUUUUUUAAUGAAACAUAGCAGUCAUAAAUGUGACACUUUGCAGGACUUAAUGAAGUAGUUUUUUUUGGAUAGUUGCUUCAUAAGAAAGCUAAAGUAAAGUGCACAAACUAUUGAUUUUUUAGCAAAUUUAUGAAGGUCUUACAGAUAGUCUUUCCUCUAUGUGAGAGCUGUUAAAUGCUUUCAGAUCACAGCCCCGGAGCUAUUGAUCCAUUAUAGUAUUGGCAAUCUAUCUACUGAAACCCACUUUGUUACUUUAAUGCCUCAGCAUACACCAAUGAACAAAUGAAAGUGAGCUCUCAGAUUUAAGACAGACACAUUUCCAGCUCUAUAUAUUCAAAAGAUGUGAACAUCAUUAAAUUGUUACAGGGAGUCCUGAUGAGAGACGAGGGGUGUGAUCAAUAUUAUAAUGCCUUUGUCACCUAAUGAGCUUUUGUUUCAGAAGAAGGGUCCAAUAUGUGUCUUUAAUGAGCACAUGACAAUAAGCACAGAGGUUCUGUCAGAUACAGGAGGUGGUUGUGCUUUGACCAGAUUCACAUUUAUCCUGUAGUUCAUUAUGAGGUGUUGCAGCUGUUGUAUAAAUCAGGAUAGAUUUUUAUUCUGAGUAAUCAAAGGUCUUGUGUAAUUCCUGCAGGUUUGCUGCCCAAAGGGACCCCGAUGCAGGUAUCACCCAGUUGCAGAUUUAAAGCCCCUUUUAAAUCAGUUGAAUGGUUACCUACCUCAUGUCACUUUACUAUUUCCUCUCCUACAGGUCUCCUAUGUUGAGGAGGAAAUUGACCGCCUGAAUGAGUCCUUCCUUCAGCUGAGCAUGCAGCUACAGAAGAGAGCUCAGAUGAGCAUGUGUCUGAAGGAGAGAGAGAACAGCAUCAGCAGCCAAUCUGCUGUAAGACGCUGGAAUAUUGAAUUACAUUUUUAAUGACUUAAUCAAAAGAAUUAUGUCUGUACGGUUAUUUAUUUUGUUUUGCGAAGGCUUAGAAGGGCUCACUGUGGUUUAUUGCAUAAGAAUAUUGGCAAGCUGAGAUAUUUAGUUUGACGAGCUCACUACCCGGGGUUUCAUACAUAUAAAUAACAUAUUACCAUUGUACAUUCAGGCGAUGAAUCAUUGAAAUGUGUGUCCUUCAUGUUGAGUUUUAUUGCCCCUUUCAGCCUCCACUGACAAGGAAAAUGUGUAAAUGAGUAUGCAUGGAUAUGAUGUGGGCCAAGUUUGUAUUUGCAUAUUUACAACAUUGCUUUGGACCGUCUGGAUGAAUUCAUUUAUUUCCGUUAUUGCACAUUAUUUACAAUACAUUCUCUAUGAUCUAUUCUUUUGCCAGAGGGCAACACCAAAAAGCAUGCAGAGCCUCAGCCGUAAUGGAACAAUCCUGCUGGAACUGAAGAGACGCUAUGUGUCCCAGCGCCUCGAUGAGCUCCAAGCUACAUUAGGCCACAUCAGACGGUGCCAGAAGCAUGACAGCGAGUCAAGAGACGGGACAAGGGGCCUUACACAAACCGACAGCAGCAACACUCAGCAAGAGCAGAGGCAGCAAUAUCCUGGCAUCAAUGGCCGUGGUCCCAGUGACUGCCAGCCCCAGGACAGUUGUCACAGCCAACAAACAGUGGAGAGCAAAGGUCUUGGCCCAUAUACAAUAGAGAGUCAUAUUUCUGAACAGCAGAGGAGUGAAUCUGUGCUGGAUUGCAAGUUGCUAAAGAGCGAAGGUCAGCAUAGUCUUACAGUCCCAGGAGAGCAGGAUGUCUCUGGUCAUAUCACAAUAGAAAACACAACUGAACACACAGAUACAGACAACCUGUUGAUGGGAAAGUGA